AUGCUGGCCGGUGCUCAGCAGGGAGCCGUGCAGGGAGGGCAGGGCGAGAGCUGGGUUCUCAUAGUGCGUGGGCAUGUAGGUGAUGCGCUCGCCGCCGUUGCGCAUCUCGUCGGUGGUGCGGAUGUAGAAGGGUGAUUCGUAGGGCGAGCAGGUGGGGCAGUAGUUGCGGGGAGGCCCUGUGGCAUGGGAGGCAGGGGGCUCUGUGAAGAGGGGGGUGACGGCCGCCCCAUCCACCCCGGGUGCACUGCAUGCGUUGCAGGCAAAGUGGGGCUGCGUGAUGGAGCCGGUGUCCCCUUCUGACCCAUUCUUCUUACAGCAGUAAUACUGAUGGAAAGGGGGGGAGAGAGAGGGAGAGAGGUUGUGAUUUGGGACAAUGAAUUAGUGAAUAGAGACUGUAGUGAGUCUAAGUAGAUCUCUCAUACACAGACACACACACGUACACACCUACCUGGAGUCUACAGUAACAGAGCACUGCUAUGAUAACCAAGAGAAUCACCGUGGCGAGAAUUCCUCCGGUUAUGACAACAGUUCCAGCUGUCAUCCGACCAGCUCUCCAUCAAACUCUGGAGGCACAGGAAGUGGCAUCAUCAUCACAUGGCCACUGGGCUAACAGAAACGUGGGUUGUUUUCAGUAGGACACAAUGUAGCGGAAACUGAGAAUGUGUGUUCUAAUUGGACAAGUUCAGGUAUUACCUCCCCGUUUCAUUCCUCUUCAAAACAUUUUCUGACAACAGAACAUGACCCAGAAGCACUAUAACAUAAAACAGUAAUAUAUUGUUCUAGUGAAUAAAAUGGAACUCACGUUCAGCAAAGUGUGCUUUAACACCUGCAAGAGAGAAGACCAUGGGCAGUACAAUGAACAGCGAAAUUCUGGAUGGAUUAACCACUUACUUUGAUCCAAAUUACCAUAUUUACAAUUAGGGCUUCAAUCAUUUUAAUGUUCAAAGCAAUUUCCUCAUAGAUGAUUUGUAUACUGUUAUAUGCUAUGAAAUUGUGUCCUCUUCUGACAACGUUCUCAAUGAGAUUAACUCUGUCUGUUUGGCCUGACAGCUCAAGACAUCUAAUUUUGAUACAAUAAUAUAUGUGGGGGAGAAUAAGAAAUAGUGAAAGAGUGACCCCUGUAAGUAGGCUACUCACAUCAGAAGAGUGUUCGGAGGGCAGGAGAGGAAAACCCAGGUCACAGGUGGGAGGAGACACUGAUGGACAGAUACACAGCCUCGUCGUUCUCUGACCAAACAAGAUAGACAGAAUCCAAUAUCAUGUCAUAUCAUGUAAUAGGUAAAACAUAUAUCUUUUUUAAUCUCCGUGUUACUGUAUCCUGGCUACACUUCCUCUUGAACUACACAUCCUUGCCACAAGAUGGGGCUACAGAAUAAAAAACUGGAGAGGGGAAAAAAACAUUUAUCCCAAAAAAUCUGUAGCUCACGUCAUUACACAGUUUUUGAAAGUGCAAGUGCAGACAUAUAUACCCUGAAGGUGGUUUAGACCCGGGAGAGAGGCAGCACAUUACUCCAUCUUCUUUAGAUGUGUCUUGAAUUAUCUGGUGAAAUUCAGCCAAUUGACCAAUUCACAUCCAAAUGAUGAGCUCUCACUCUGAGUCAUGCUUUGUCAUUUUAUUUAACCAACACUAAACUCAAGUCCAAAUAAUUCAGAUUAUUUCUAUCACAAUGUCAUGGUGAAACACAGACAUCACACCAAGCAUUACUCACAAUACAAUCCUGAAACAAGGGGGGCCUGGACACAAAAAAGGGUGUGUAAACACACACACACACACACAAACCAAGAUAGAAUCGCAGACAUUAGGUCAACGUCUCAACAGCCAUGCAGUGUCUAUGACCAUGGUCUAACUAGGAGUACUAUAAUACAGAGUGGGGCUUUAAAAGUGAUUUAGUGGUCUGUCUCUCUGGUCUCAUGGGUGUAUUUCACAGCAGCAAUGACUUUUAAUCAGAGGGAUGAAAGGAGUUGAGAUAUACCUAGGGAUCAACCUAUCCAUGUGAUACGCACAUACGCAUACACACACACGCACGAGCACACACAAUAGCCUGACAUAAUAUAAUAAUAAUAAUAUAAUAUGCCAUUUAGCAGACGCUUUUAUCCAAAGUCACAGGGGCUAACAUAUAUCAAACACACAGGCUAAUAAAGCCUAGCAGUCUGACUGACAUACUGCAAGCUGACACACACACAAGUACUUCAAGAGAAAAUGAAAUGCACAGCCAGGCAUGCGGACACACAGCCCUUUGAAGACGAAAACACACAGACACACCCAUACGGAAUAUUUUUUACGUGAAAUAUUCUUUAAUUAAAACAAUUAUGAUACAGCAUAUUUAAAAUUGGCCAAAUAAUGUAUUUAAAAAUAUAUAUAUUAUGGAAUGUAUUUAAAAUGUGUGUGUAUAUACACUGCUCAAAAAAAUAAAGGGAACACACAAUGUAACUCCAAGUCAAUCACACUUCUGUGAAAUCAAACUGUCCACUUAGGAAGCAACACUGAUUGACAAUAAAUGUCACAUGCUGUUGUGCAAAUGGAAUAGACAACAGGUGGAAAUUAUAGGCAAUUAGCAAGACACCCCCAAUAAAGGACUGGUUUUGCAGGUGGUGACCACAGACCACUUCUCAGUUCCUAUGCUUCCUGGCUGAUGUUUUGGUCACUUUUGAAUGCUGGCAGUGCUUUCACUCUAGUGGUAGCAUGAGACGGAGUCUACAAUCCACACAAGUGGCUCAGGUAGUGCAGCUCAUCCAGGAUGGCACAUCAAUGCGAGCUGUGGCAAGAAGGUUUGCUGUGUCUGUCAGCGUAGUGUCCAGAGCAUGGAGGCGCUACCAGGAGACAGGCCAGUACAUCAGGAGACGUGGAGGAGGCCGUAGGAGGGCAACAACCCAGCAGCAGGACUGCUACCUCCGCCUUUGUGCAAUGAGGAGCAGGAGGAGCACUGCCAGAGCCCUGCAAAAUGACCUCCAGCAGGCCACAAAUGUGCAUGUGUCUGCUCAAACGGUCAGAAACAGACUCCAUGAGGGUGGUAUGAGGGCCCGACGUCCACAGGUGGGGGUUGUGCUUACAGCCCAACACCGUGCAGGACGUUUGGCAUUUGCCAGAGAACACCAAGAUUGGCAAAUUCGCCACUGGCGCCCUGUGCUCUUCACAGAUGAAAGCAGGUUCACACUGAGCACGUGACAGACGUGACAGAGUCUGGAGACGCCGUGGAGAACGUUCUGCUGCCUGCAACAUCCUCCAGCAUGACCGGUUUGGCGGUGGGUCAGUCAUGGUGUGGGGUGGCAUUUCUUUGGGGGGCCGCACAGCCCUCCAUGUGCUCGCCAGAGGUAGCCUGACUGCCAUUAGGUACCGAGAUGAGAUCCUCAGACCCCUUGUGAGACCAUAUGCUGGUGCGGUUGGCCCUGGGUUCCUCCUAAUGCAAGACAAUGCUAGACCUCAUGUGGCUGGAGUGUGUCAGCAGUUCCUGCAAGAGGAAGGCAUUGAUGCUAUGGACUGGCCCGCCCGUUCCCCAGACCUUAAUCCAAUUGAGCACAUCUGGGACAUCAUGUCUCGCUCCAUCCACCAACGCCACGUUGCACCACAGACUGUCCAGGAGUUGGCGGAUGCUUUAGUCCAGGUCUGGGAGGAGAUCCCUCAGGAGACCAUCCGCCACCUCAUCAGGAGCAUGCCCAGGUGUUGUAGGGAGGUCAUACAGGCACGUGGAGGCCACACACACUACUGAGCCUCAUUUUGACUUGUUUUAAAGACAUUACAUCAAAGUUGGAUCAGCCUGUAGUGUGGUUUUCCACUUUAAUUUUGAGGGUGACUCCAAAUCCAGACCUCCAUGGGUUGAUAAAUUUGAUUUCCAUUGAUAAUUUUUGUGUGAUUUUGUUGUCAGCACAUUCAACUAUGUAAAGAAAAAAGUAUUUAAUAAGAUUAUUUCAUUCAUUCAGAUCUAGGAUGUGUUAUUUUUGUGUUUUUGUGUUCCCUUUAUUUUUUUGAGCAGUGUAUACAGUACCAGUCAAAAGUUUGGACAAACCUACUCAUUCAAGGGUUUUUCAUUUAUUUUUACUAUUUUCUACAUUGUAGAAUAAUAGUGAAGACAUCAAAACUAUGAAAUAACACAUGGAAUCAUGUAGUAACCAAAAAGUGUUAAACAAAUCAAAAUAUAUUUUAUAUUUGAGAUUCUUCAAAUAGCCACCCUUGAACUUGAUGACAGCUUUGCACACAUUUGGCAUUCUCUCAGCCAGCUUCACCUGGAAUGCUUUUCCAACAGUCUUGAAGGAGUUCCCACAUAUGCUGAGCACUUGCUGGCUGCUUUUCCUUCACUCUGCCGUCCGACUCAUCCCAAACCAUCUCAAUUGGGAUUGUGGAGGCCAGGUCAUCUGAUGCAGCACUCCAUCACUCUCCUUGGUCAAAUAGCCCUUACACAGCCUGGAGGUGUGUUGGGUCAUUGUCCUGUUGAAAACAAAUGAUAGUCCAACUAAGCCCAAACCAGAUGGGAUGGAGUAUUGCUGCAGAAUGCUGUGGUAGCCAUGCUGGUUAAGUGUGCCUUGAAUUCUAAAUAAAUCAAUCACAGACAGUGUCACCAGCAAAGCAUCCCCACACCAUAACACCUCCUCCUCCAUGCUUUACGGUGGGAACUACACAUGCGGAGAUCAUCCGUUCACCCACACCGCGUCUCACAAAGACAUGGAGGUUGGAACCAAAAAUCUCCAAUUUGGACUCCAGACCAAAGGACAAAUUUCCACCAGUCUAAUGUCCAUUGCUCGUGUUUCUUGGCACAAGCAGGUCUCUUCUUCUUAUUGGUGUCCUUUAGUAGUGGUUUCUUUGUAGCAAUUCGACCAUGAAGGCCUGAUUCACACAGUCCCCUCUGAACAAUUGAUGUUGAGAUGUGUCUGUGACUUGAACUCUGUGAAGCAUUUAUUUGGGCUGCAAUUUCUGAGGCUGGUAACUCUAAUGAACUUAUCCUCUGCAGCAGAGGAAAAUCUGGGUCUUCCAUUCCUGUGGUGGUCCUCAUGAGAGCCCGUUUCAUCAUAGCGCUAGAUGGUUUUUGCGACUGCCAAAUGUUCCAUAUUGACUGACCUUGUCAGACCAUGUCUUAAAGUAAUGAUGGACUGUCGUUUCUCUUUGCUUAUUUGAGCUGUUCUUGCCAUAAUAUGGACUUGGUAUUUUACUAAAUAGGGCUAUCGCCCCCAACAAGCCACGCCUCCAAGUAUUUUAAUAGGCUGCCGCCACUACAAUGAAUGAAAAUAGAAAUGCCACAUGCAACAAUUUCAAAGCUUUUACUGAGUUAUAGUUCAUAUAAGGAAAUCAGUCAAUUAAAAUAAAUUCAUUAGGCCCUAAUCUAUGGAUUUCACGACUGGGCCGGGGUGCAGCCAUGGGUUGGUCUGGGAGGGCAUAACCACACCCACUUGGCAGCCAGGAACCACUUUGGCCACGCAGUAGACUAGAUGUCAUAGCCAUGCAUUUCUGGAAUAUUGUCAGGCAUUUCAUGCAUUUGAGCAAAGAUGCAAAUGUCUCUACAUGUACACUGAACAAAAAUAUAAACGCAACAUAUAAAGUGUUGGUCUCAUGUUUCAUGAGCUAAAAUAAAAGAUCCCUGAAAUUAUCCAUACACACAAUAAGCUUAUUUCUCUCUAAUUUUGUGCACAAAUUUGGUUACAUCUCUGUUAGUGAGCAUUUCUCCUUUGCCAAGAUAAUCCAUCCACCUGACAGGUGUGGCAUAUCAAGAAGCUGACUAAACAGCAUGAUCAUUACACAGGUGCACCUUGUGCUGGGGACAAUAAAAGACCACUCUAAAAUGUGCAGUUGUGUCACAACACAAUGCCACAAAUGUAUCAAGUUUUGAGGGAGCGUGCAAUUGGCAUGCUGACUGCAGGAAUGUCCACCAGAGCUGGUGCCAGAUAAUUUAAUGUUCAUUUCUCUACCAUGUUGUUUUAGAGAAUUUGGCAGUAUGUCCAACCGGCCUCACAACCGCAGACCAAGUAUGGCAUUGUGGGGGCGAUCAGUUGGCUGAUGUCAACGUUGUGAACAGAGUGCCCUAUGGUGGCGGUGGGGUUAUGGUAUGGGCAGGCAUAAGCUACGGACAACGAACACAAUUGCAUUUUAUCAAUGGCAAUUUGAAUGCACAGAGACAAGAUCCUGAGGCCCAUUGUCGUGCCAUUUAUCUGCCGCCAUCACCUCAUGUUUCAGCAUGAUAAUGCAUGGCCCCAUGUCACAAGGAUCUGUACACAAUUCCUGGAAGCUGAACAUUUCCCAGUUCUUCCAUGGCCUGCAUACUCACCAGACAUGUCAGCCAUUGAGCAUGUUUGGGAUGCUCUGGAUCGACGUGUACGACAGCAUGUUCCAGUUCUCUGCAAUAUCCAGCAACUUCGCACAGCAAUUGAAGAGGAGUGGGACAACACUCCAACUCCACAAUCAACAGCCUGAUCAACUCGAUGCGAAGGAGAUGUGUCGCGCUGCACGAGGCAAAUGGAGGUCACACCAGAUACUGACUGGUUUUCUGAUCCACGCUCCUACCUUUUUUUUAAGGUAUCUGUGACCAACAGAUGCAUAUCUGUAUUCCCAGUCAUGUGAAAUCCAUAGAUUAGGGCCUAAUGAAUUGAUUUCAAUUGACUGAUUUCCUUAUAUGAACUGUAACUCAGUAAAAACUUUGAAAUUGUUGCAUGUUGCGUUUAUAUUUUUGUUCAGUAUAUUUGAAAUACAUUGUUUAAAUAUAUUGAAAUGUAUAUUUUUUUCGUAUGGGCAUACACAAACACACUGUCUGAUAAACUCUUAACGGGGCACAGGAUAACAUAGGACAUUGACAGACAAAAUAGUAUUCUGCAGAAGCUGACAUGCAGUGCAUGAGCACAGGCUGAUGAACAUACUCACUCACACACAUCCCAUCACACCUUAAAGCACAUUCUGACAUAGGCAGAAUAUCAAACACUCCAACACACAGUGUGACAUAAACAUGUCACACAAUCUGACACACACAGCGUGACACACACUCACACACACAUUUUCUCACACAACCUGUCACAUGCUCACUCGCUGAAUCUCUCAAACACACAAUCCGUCUCACACACUGCUCAUACUUACACAAACUGUCACUCUUCCAGUGUGUGUGUGUGUGCACUUGCGCAUCUGUGCUUGCGCAUGUGCAUAAUGCAGGUGUUUGUUUGUGUAUGUGCAGUGCAUGUGCGCAUAUACGUGUGUGUGUGUGUGCGUGCAGUGAGUGCCAACAGAGGAAGUGUGGGCCUCCAGUCAGGCAGACAGAAUUGAGUUUGAGCAGCAAGGCAGAUUCGAUUAAGGGAGUCAGUCUAAUGAGAUAUAAUCAGGCGGCAGCAGGUGGAAGCUGCGCCGCCACAGCAGGAGUCCUAGGCUCCGCGGGGCACACUCACUUCCUGUCAGAGGCAGGAACAGGAAGUGCCCAGUCAUGUCUGUUUUUGUCCCACUUGCAUUUUUUCCUCAUAGUCUCUCAAGCUGUGGGGCAAUGAGUUGCUCAGAUGGUGAUGCAACGUCUUUUUUUGUGUACAACUCUGUGUCUGUGUCUAAUAGUUGGCUAAUUGAAGCAAAAAGGGAUGUCGGUAAUCUUUUUAAUAUGCCUCCUCUACAUAAUAUAACUAUAUUAAGGCAAGAUAUUCACCCAUUUAGUUAGCUCCUAUGCAUGCCAUCAUAUCACUUUCUUUCCUUUCAAAUAAAAAAACACGGAGUACCAGUCCGAGUCGAUGUGCAGGGGUACGAGGUAAUUGAGGUAGAUAUGUACAUACGGGUAGGGGUAAAGUGACUAGGCAACAGGAUAGAUAAUAAGCAGUAGCAGCAGCGUAUGUGGAGUCAAAAGAGGUAUUGCAAAGAGGGGGUCAAUGCAGAUAGUCCGGGUAGCUAUAUUUGGUUAACUAUUUAGCAGUCUUAUGGCUCGGGGGUAGAAGCUGUCCAAGGUCCUGUUGGUUCCAGACUUGGUGCAUCGGUACAAAUCAGUGGUGAUGAAUGAUCUCAGACAAGAAUAUUAGACUAUUUGAGACACAGUUUCAUGACACCAGGUUAUUGCUGCUCAACCUCAAUAAAGGUGGAUGAAGGAGACAGAUAUGGGUUGUCAUUCUGAGACCACUUAGUCAUUUACCAUUGCAUCAGUAUGCAACAAUCCUUUCCAUCUGAUGAUGUCAUCAUUGUCAUCCUUUCAAUAUUUGCAGAGCUAAUCCUGGCUAGUUCACCAUGUAUUUAUUUCAUGGGACAUUGGUGUUCUGUUUGAGAUUCAACACAUGUGUUUGCACACGCGCACACACAUACACACACACACACACACACACACACACACAGAGGCAAAUACAGAGGCACACACACAAGCACUCUCUCUCACACACACACAUAGAAAGAGAGAGGGAGGGAGAGAGAGCUGGAUGAACUGCUCACACACACCACUGCUGGGCCCAGAUUAGAGAAACAAUGCCAUGGCCCGUCGCAGCCUUCAAUCCCCUUACACUGCCUGAAGAGCCCAUACACUGAUAAGACUGCAGUACACAAACAGGCUUCUGCACCAAGUCACACUGUCUCUGUCAAUGGGCCGAGUACAUUUGGGGACACUUUUCUGGAAGGACCUAUUGUAAGGACUUUACGUGAGCCGUUCCAAAUUUCCUCAGAUAGGCAGAAUUACGUAACAUUGAAGAAUGCUGAUUUCAUUUAAAAUCAAAUCAAAUCAAAUCAAAUUUUAUUGGCCACAUGCGCCGAAUACAACAGGUGCAGACAUUACAGUGAAAUGCUUACUUACAGCCCUUAACCAACAGUGCAUUUAUUUUUAACAAAAAAGUAAAAAUAAAACAACAACAAAAGAAGUGUUGAGAAAAAAAGAGCAGAAGUAAAAUAAAAUAACAGUAGGGAGGCUAUAUAUACAGGGGGGUACCGGUGCAGAGUCAAUGUGCGGGGGCACCGGCUAGUUGAGGUAGUUGAAGUAAUAUGUACAUGUGGGCAGAGUUAAAGUGACUAUGCAUAAAUAAUUAACAGAGUAGCAGCAGCGUAAAAGGAUGGGGUGGGGGGGCAGUGCAAAUAGUCCGGGUAGCCAUGAUUAGCUGUUCAGGAGUCUUAUGGCUUGGGGGUAGAAGCUGUUGAGAAGUCUUUUGGACCUAGACUUGGCACUCCGGUACCGCUUGCCGUGCGGUAGCAGAGAGAACAGUCUAUGACUAGGGUGGCUGGAGUCUUUGACAAUUUUGAGGGCUUUCCUCUGACACCGCCUGGUAUAGAGGUCCUGGAUGGCAGGAAGCUUGGCCCCAGUGAUGUACUGGGCCGUACGCACUACCCUCUGUAGUGCCUUGCGGUCGGGGGCCAAGCAGUUGCCAUACCAGGCGGUGAUGCAACCAGUCAGGAUGCUCUCGAUGGUGCAGCUGUAGAAUUUUUUGAGGAUCUGAGGACCCAUGCCAAAUCUUUUCAGUCUCCUGAGGGGGAAUAGGCUUUGUCGUGCCCUCUUCACGACUGUCUUGGUGUGUUUGGACCAUGAUAGUUAGUUGGUGAUGUGGACACCAAGGAACUUGAAGCUCUCAACCUGUUCCACUACAGCCCCGUCGAUGAGAAUGGGGGCGUGCUCAGUCCUCUUUUUUUUCCUGUAGUCCACAAUCAUCUCCUUUGUCUUGGUCACGUUGAGGGAGAGGUUGUUGUCCUGGCACCACACGGCCAGGUCUCUGACCUCCUCCCUAUAGGCUGUCUCAUCGUUGUCGGUGAUCAGGCCUACCACUGUUGUGUUGUCGGCAAACUUAAUGAUGGUGUUGGAGUCGUGCCUGGCCAUGCAGUCAUGGGUGAACAGGGAGUACAGGAGGGGACUGAGCACGCAUCCCUGAGAGGCCCCCGUGUUGAGGAUCAGUGUGGCAGAUGUGUUGUUACCUACCCUUACCACUUGGGGGCGGCCUGUCAGGAAGUCCAGGAUCCAGUUGCAGAGGGAGGUGUUUAGUCCCAUGAUCCUUAGCUUAGUGAUGAGCUUUGAGGGCACUAUGGUGUUGAAUGCUGAGCUGUAGUCAAUGAAUAGCAUUCUCACGUAGGUGUUCCUCUUGUCCAGGUGGGAAAGGGCAGUGUGGAGUGCAAUAGAGAUUGCAUCAUCUGUGGAUCUGUUGGGGCGGUAUGCAAAUUGGAGUGGGUCUAGGGUUUCUGGGAUAAUGCUGUUGAUGUGAGCCAUGACCAGCCUUUCAAAGCACUUCAUGGCUACAGACGUCAGUGCUACGGGUCGGUAGUCAUUUAGGCAGGUUAUCUUAGAGUCCUUGGGCACGGGGACUAUGGUGGUCUGCUUGAAACAUGUUGGUAUUACAGACUCAGUCAGGGACAUGUUGAAAAUGUCAGGGAAGACACUUGCCAGUUGGUCAGCACAUGCUCGGAGUACACAUCCUGGUAAUCCGUCUGGCCCUGCGGCCUUGUGAAUGUUGACCUGCUUAAAAGUCUUACUCACAUUGGCUACGGAGAGCGUGAUCACAUAGUCAUCCGGAACAGCUGGUGCUCUCAUGCAUGCUUCAGUGUUGCUUGCCUCGAAGCGAGCAUAGAAGUGGUUUAGCUCGUCUGGAAGUCUUGUGUCAAUGAAAGAUUGAAAGGGCUUAGAACUCAGGUCCUGGAGAGAUGCAGUGUGUGUCGUUUUUUGUUCCAGCCCAGCACUAACACAUCUUCAAUGUCUUCGAGCUAGAACAGUUUUCCAAUGUGUUAAUGCUGGGAUGGAAUAAGUGCCUAUGCACACUGCAGCCGUUAAGGAAUAACAUUGCCAAUGCGUUCAUUAGUCAUUAUGUGAGACAAUUACGGAUAUGAACGUUGACAUGGUUACACGUUUGGAAUCCUGUAUGUCUGGAGGUCUCUAUAUUAUUGAUCAUGAGUGAAUAAAACCUAGAUAGAGUAUAAUAACGCUAAUGUUGGUGUGUGUUUGUGUGUGUGGCAGUGUGGUUCGGUCCCUGCCAACACAGCCCUCCAUCUUUCUCCCUCUAUCACUACUAUGAGUCUGCAGAUCGAUGAGCUGACACGCACACGUUUCUGUUGCGAUGACACUGGGGAGAUGUUUCCUCGACCCUGACCAAGCCUAGCUUCCUUAAACAGCCACACGCACGCACACACACACACGCACGCACACACACACACUCCUCUAAUUUAGUCCCAUCAUCCUCUUCACCUCCAUCACCAUCCUCCCACCCACUCCUACGCCAUCUUUCAUCCCAUCAACCUUUUGUUUCUUCAUUCAGCACUGUUCCCUUGCUCUCACCUCCACCUCCUCCAUCGUUUUCCCACUCUUUACAUCUCUCACGUGACAUCAUGUGUUUUAUACUGUUAAUAGCCCAGAGAUCCUAUAAAUAAGUUCUAUAUGUCAUUCUAUGGUGAACACUAACAGCAAUGGUCUCUAUUGUUCUUUAUAGAGACUAUCUGCAGAAGAGACUGACUGAGUCACAAAUGGCACCCUAUUCCCUUUUUAGUGCAGUACUUUUGACCAGGACCCAAAGGUAGUGCACUACAGUAUAUAAGGAAUAGGGUGCCAUUUGGGAUGCACAAACCUAACUGUCCUCUCCCAAGCCAACUGUAGAAUUUAAUUGGAUAAGACACUGAAGGUUAAGACAACCAACAAGCCAAUAAAGUUUCUGAUAUGUCCCAUCUUUCCUAUUCAGCAAUUCAUGCUAAGGUAUUAGGCCUACACAUUGAUGGUGGAUGGGGUGUGUUCCCCCUAUAAAACAAUAAGAGCACUUGAAGACCUAGUGAAAGGCGCUACCUUGUGCGCUCUGAAUACAUUUCAUUUAAUCGCUGAAAACCCUUCCACUUGCUGGCCAACAUAUUUUCUCGUGGAGUUUUCAUUCAAUAGGGUUUUCAGUACAUUUAUGUUAAGCCAUCCCUUUAAAUAUGGUGUACCUUUUAGUUAUAAUUUUGUCUCUUAAUUUUGUCUAUAUAGAAUAUAUCGAGAGGAAGGGUUCAGAAUAUUAGGGAUCAAUGAAAGAAAGUCAUCUAAAUAUAUGCAUAUUCAUCUCCGUUUCAGCACAAAUUGGUAGAUUUAAAAAUACUCUGUCUUGUAGAUUAUUUAGGUUUAGGAAAGUAUUGAUGAAUCAUAAAAAAACUGGUUUGGAGACAUUUAUGCACAAAAGAAAGAAAACGGUGGUUUGAUUCAUUCUGAAAAUGGCCACAUUCAGUUAUUUAACCCAUGGUAAUGCAGGUAAACGACACAAUGUAAUUAAAUGGAAUGAUAAUGUAGUCUGUACCAACUGAAGGGAACUAACAGUACAUUGGCAGUUGAAAAUGUGUUGUUAUUAGGCUUACUGACGGUCGAUACUGAUAUUGGCUAAUAUUUAACAUGAUAGAAAUAGGAAACAGAAAGUUGGGGUAGCCUAUAAUUAAGACAUUUGAGAGUGCCCAUCCCUGCAAGUUAAAAGUCUGUACAAUUUAAAUUCUUCAUAAUGGCAUAGCAUUUCAUGAACUGUGGGAAAGUUGAUAUGCUUCAGUUUGCUGCCAUAUGACUGGUUUCACAUUUGUCUCCAGCGUUUAUAAGGUAAAAUGAUCUAAAACAAGUGCCAUUUAUAUUUACAAUUCCCUUAUCCAAACGGAUUACUCAUUACCUAACACUUAUCAAUAGCUCUUAUCAAUAUGUAAAUUACAGUGCAUGGAGAAUGGUGUUAUUUCUAUCUGAAAAAAUAAAGUCGAUUAUUUUCCACUCGGAACCGGUAGGUUCGCUAGACCUUAUUCAUGGUUUCCUUGUGCAUUAAGGUGGUGGAAUUACUAGGGAAUUGAGUCAAGGUCAGAAUACGAUGUAUCUGUAGACACACCUCCGCCACACCUUCAUUUAUUAGAUCACCACCCCAAACGAAUAGCGGGUGAAUAGCAUGCUAUGCUCAUGCUUAAGUUCAAGGUUAGAAUACCCAUAUAGAUAAAAGUGCAUAAAAUGGGAAUGACAUUACAUUUACGCAUGCUUAACUCAGGUCGGAAUCGGACCCUAUGUGCAAACCUGAUACAGAAAAGCGCAUCACUUCCAGAUCACAUGACAAAACAUCACAUCCACAUAGGCCUAGCGGUGUUACACUGUCACUGAACAUUAUCACAUGACAGUGCAGUGGUCAUGGACAUCAACACAUGACACAUACAAUCCACAGGAGGUUAGUGGCACCUUAAUUGGGGAGGACGGCUCAUAAUAAUGGAUGGAGCGGAAUAGGUGGAAUGGUAUCCAAUACAUGGUUUCCAUAUGUCUGAUGCCAUUCCAUUUACUCCAUUCCAGACAUUAUUAUGAGCCGUCCUCCCCUCAGCAGCCUCCACUGAUAUAAUCACAUUACCACAUACCGAGCCGGUACGCUGGGCUACCGGCACAGAUGCACUCAGAUAAGGGUUCAUACUUUGGUAUAGAUUAAUUCCUCUUUCACUAGGAUGUUAUCUGCAGCCCCUAACACACCCUCACACCUUCAACAAAGCAGUCUUGGCAUACAUUAUCACACCGUAUCAGUGGCCAAAGCCAAUAGCUUACAACAUAUUAGUAUUUUCUUAUAACAACCACCUAAAACUGGAGGUUUAUCAUUUCAGGGUUUGGAGUGAAUCUCUAUUCAAACUCAUUCAUAUACUUGUUUCACCAAGUGUAAGGGCUGGUGUGAGGUGUGACCCAGGUGCGGUGCAGGAUAGACAGUAGGCAGUAGGCAGAGAUGGUGAAUCAAGGAUCUUUACUGGUGGUCCAAAAGCCAGGAUACAAAACAACGGACUUAACACGAAAACAAAUGAGGAGCACAUAGGUCUCCAAAAAACAGGCUGACAGCCAAUAAUACGAAAUACUAACUCUGACUGGAAAAACACAAUGACACAGGGAGAGAACACUUCUCGAGUACCUGUAACUCCGUCACGUUUUUUUUAUUUUAUUUUUUAUUUAUUUCACCUUUAUUUAACCAGGUAAGCCAGUUGAGAACAGGUUCUCAUUUACAACUGCGACCUGGCCAAGAUAAAGCAAAGCAGUGCAAUAAAAACAACACAGAGUUACAUAUGGGGUAAAAAAACAUAAAGUCAAAAAUACAACAGAAAAUAUAUAUACAGUGUGUGCAAAUGUAGCAAGUUAUGGAGGUAAGGCAAUACAUAGGCUAUAGUGCAGAAUAAUUACAAUAGUAUUAACACUGGAAUGCUAGAUGUGCAAGAGAUUAUGUGCAAAUAGAGAUACUGGGGUGCAAAAUAGCAAAAUAAAUAACAAUAUAGGGAUGAGGUAGUUGGGUGGGCUAAUUUCAGAUGGGCUGUGUACAGGUGCAGUGAUCGGUAAGGUGCUCUGACAACUGAUGCUUAAAGUUAUUGAGGGAGAUAAGAGUCUCCAGCUUCAGAGAUUUUUGCAAUUCGUUCCAGUCAUUGGCAGCAGAGAACUGGAAGGAAUGGCGCCCAAAGGAGGUGUUGGCUUUGGGAAUGACCAGUGAGAUAUACCUGCUGGAGCGCAGACUACGGGUGGGUGCUGCUAUGGUGACCAAUGAGCUAAGAUAAGGCGGGGAUUUGCCUAGCAGUGAUUUAUAGAUGGCCUGGAGCCAGUGGGUUUGACGACGAACAUGUAGUGAGGACCAGCCAACAAGAGCGUACAGGUCACAGUGGUGGGUAGUGUAUGGGGCUUUGGAUACAAAACGGAUGGCACUGUGAUAGACUACAUCCAAUUUGCUGAGUAGAGUGUUGGAGGCUAUUUUGUAAAUGACAUCGCCGAAGUCAAGGAUCGGUAGGAUAGUCAGUUUUACGAGGGCAUGUUUGGCAGCAUGAGUGAAGGAGGCUUCGUUGCGAAAUAGGAAGCCGAUUCUAGAUUUAACUUUGGAUUGGAGAUUCUUUAUGUGAGUCUGGAAGUUGAGUUUACAGUCUAACCAGACACCUAGGUAUUUGUAGUUGUCCACAUACUCUAGGUCAGACCCGUCGAGAGUGGUGAUUCUAGUCGGGUGGGCGGGUGCCAGCAGCGUUCGAUUGAAAAGCAUGCAUUUAGUUUUACUAGUGUUUAAGAGCAGUUGGAGGCUACUGAAGGAUUGUUGUAUGGCAUUGAAGCUCGUUUGGAGGUUUGUUAACACAGUGUCCAAUGAAGGGCCAGAUGUAUACAAAAUGGUGUCGUCUGCGUAGAGGUGGAUCUGAGAGUCACCAGCAGCAAGAGCGACAUCAUAUAUAUACACGGAGAAAAGUGUCGGCCCAAGAAUUGAACCCUGUGGCACCCCCAUAGAGACUGCCAUAGGUCCAGACAACAGGCCCUCCGAUUUGACACACUGAACUCUAUCUGAGAAGUAGUUGGUGAACCAGGCGAGGCAGUCAUUUGAGAAACCAAGGCUAUUUAGUCUGCCAAUAAGAAUGCGGUGGUUGACAGAGUCGAAAGCCUUGGCCAGGUCGAUGAAGACGGCUGCACAAUACUGUCUAUUAUCAAUCGCGGUUAUAAUAUCGUUUAGGACCUUGAGCGUGGCUGAAGUGCACCCAUGACCAGCUCGGAAACCGGAUUGCAUAGCGGAGAAGGUACGGUGGUAUUCGAAAUGGUCGGUGAUCUGUUUGUUAACUUGGCUUUCAAAUACUUUCGAAAGGCAGGGCAGGAUGGAUAUAGGUCUGUAGCAGUUUGGAUCUAGAGUGUCACCCCCUUUGAAGAGGGGGAUGACCGCGGCAGCUUUCCAAUCUCUGGGGAUCUCAGACGUUAUGAAAGAGAGGUUGAACAGACUAGUAAUAGGGGUUGCGACAAUUUCGGCGGCUAGUUUUAGAAAGAAAGGGUCCAGAUUGUCUAGCCCAGCUGAUUUGUAGGGGUCCAGAUUUUGCAGCGCUUUCAAAACAUCAGCUGUCUGAAUUUGUGUGAAGGAGAAGCGGGGGGGGGCAUGGGCAAGUUGCAGCAGAGGGUGCAGAGUUGGUGGCCGGGUUAGUGGUAGCCAGAUGGAAAGCAUGGCCAGCUGUAGCAAAAUGCUUGUUGAAAUUCUCGAUUAUUGUAGAUUUAUCGGUGGUGAUAGUGUUUCCUAGCCUCAGUGCAGUGGGCAGCUGGGAGGAAGUGCUCUUAUUCUCCAUGGACUUUACAGUGUCCCAAAACUUUUUGGAGUUAGUGCUACAGGAUGCAAAUUUCUGUUUGAAAAAGUUAGCCUUUGCUUUCCUGACUGCUUGUGUAUAUUGGUUCCUAACUUCCCUGAAAAGUUGCAUAUCGCGGGGGCUAUUUGAUGCUAAUGCUGUACGCCACAGGAUGUUUUUGUGCUGGUCAAGGGCAGUCAAGUCUGAGGAGAACCAGGGGCUAUAUCGGAUCCAACACUGAUACGUACUGCUUGACAUUAAGGAACUAGCAGAGAAAACUGAGCAAGGGAACACAGGGAAGUGAGGGCAUAAAUACACAGGUGAAUCAGAUAGCCACAGGUGACACCAAUAGGCAGAUAAUUAGUCCCGACUGUGAGUGAGGAGGUGCCUAUGGUUGUCGAGGAUGACACCUAGUGGGUCGCUCCGGAACUGCGACCCACUCCUGUAACAACCAAGCAGGCUCCUACCUUGGUUAAGUCAUUUACAUUUUGGCCUUAAAGUACAUGUAGAAUAUUUCUGAAUUUUCCAGAUAGGGGGGUAACGUGGGGUAACUAGCCCCCCGGGGUAACUGCCCACCGAGGCAGGAUAAGAUAACCUUAUCCUAAGCCAUUUUUACAGGACACUGAUCAAUAUCGACAGUCCUACACCGCGCAGUCAAGCAGUGUUCUCUACUAUAGCCAUCUAUAAUACCAUACCGUUUAACAUUUUGUCUUUUGCAUGGAAAUUACAAUGAUACCCCUGGUAGGAACAGUGUAACUGAACCACUGAGCACCUCUGUGCUGUACUCUGGCCAUCACUUUGUCAUCAGUAUGCUGUAUGGUGAGGGAGUGAAGAUGAGGGUACAGCAUUAAUCUCCUAGGAGAGACAUAUGCCUGACUACCACACCAGUGAAUGGAGCCCUGCCUUCCUCCAGGCCUCUGGGCAGAAGGGCAUCUGUGAGCUGAUACACAAUUGUGCUGUAGUGCUCGCUCUCGCUCUCACUCACACUCAUACAUUACCACUCUCUCUCACUCACACAUUACCUCUCUCUCACUCUCUCACGCUCAUACAUUACCGCUCUCUCUCAAUCACACUCAUACAUUACCUCGUUCUCUCACUCACACCAUACAUUACCCCUCUCUCACUCACACAUGACCUCUCUCUCCCACUCACACCAUACAUUACCUCUCUCUCUCACUCAUACAUUACCUCUCUCACUCACUCAUACAUUACCUCUCUCUCUAUCUCACUCACAUGCAUACAUUACCACUCUCUCUCUCUCUCUCUCUCUCUCUCUCUCUCACACACACUCAUACAUUACCGCUCUCUCUCAAUCACACUCAUACAUUACCUCGCUCCCUCACUCACACCAUACAUUACCCCUCUGUCACUCACACAUGACCUCUCUCCCACUUACACCAUACAUUACCUCUCUCUCUCACUCAUACAUUACCUCUCUCUCGCAAUCAUACUCACACAUUACCUCUCUCACACUCACACUUAUACAUUACCCCUCUCUCCCCCUCACACUCAUACAUUACCUCUCGCUCUCUCUCUCACAAGCGCACGCACACACAUACAUGCACGCACACACAGGCACACACAGACACACAAACACACACUACCUCUAUCUCUCUUACACACAGACACACAACCUCUCUCUCUGUGUCUGUCUGUCUCUCGCGCUCCCCCCUGGGAAUAUUGCCAUAUCUUUGACUGUCAGUCAAACCUCUCUCUGGGCCAUCACCGUAACUACAUCCUUAUGGUUCUUUGGCCUUAGAAGGUAGCCUACCAGUCUUCCAACCAUAGCACACUAAAGCUAGCAUCAACAACAAAUAACGCAAUACUUUCAUAAUUGUAAUAACCAUGGAUCGACUUAAUGCUCUGCAUACUAUUCUUCAAUCAAUGUUUAACCAUUAGCGGGAUGACACAAUCAAAGAAACCUUGGCAUCCAUCUCUGGGUUAUAAAUAUCUUCAUUACAAAUCCUAACUAAUUGACAGAGACUUGUCUUCUUAUAGGCCUCAAUUGUUACUUCAAACAGCUGACUGGAAUGUGUUACGAACGAACAGCUUCAUUUUUUAGAGCCAAACUAAAAUCCACUUACCAUGUGGCAUCCCCCUAAAUCCCUCAGUGGGUGCUGGGAGCACAUUAUAUUGUGGAAGCCUCCAAGCCUUGCCGCUGUAUUGGAUGCCUGAGCUUGAUAUCUCACACAAAAAAACACAACCCAAAUGGGAUUCAUGGUCACAGAGUUAAUGUAAUUUCUGUAAUUCUGUUAUCAGGAGCUACAGUAGGCUUUUCUCUUUGCACGUCUUCCUUCUAACUUCUUUGUGUUAAAGUAUGUUUGCGAGUCUGCAAAAACACUACAGUGAAUAUUGAAGUAUUUACUGUAGUAUACUUAAGCAACAAGGCCCGAGGGGGUGUGGUAUAUGGCCAAUAUACCACGGCUAAGGGCUGUUCGUAGGCACGACACAACACUACCUUAGCCGUGGUAUAUUGGCCAUAUACCACAAACCCCAGAGGUGCCUUAAUGCUAUUAUGAACGGGUUACAAAUGUAAUUAGAGCAGUAAAAAUAAAUGUUUUGUCAUACAUGUGGUAUACGGUCUGAUAUACCACGGCUUUCAGCCAAUCAGCAUUCAGGGCUCGAACCACCCAGUUUAUAAUGUAGUAUUUACAGUUAACUAUAUAAAAAUACUGUAGUCAAAGAAAACUGUAGUAUUUACUAUUUAAUGUAGUGCGUUUGUGGAUUGUAGUAUACUGUAGUGUUUUUGCGGACAUUACUGUAGUAUUUACUAGUGUUUUGGGGGGGAUAAUGCUGUAGUAUUUACUGUAGUAUUAUUCUACAUUCUAUAGUAAGUACUACACAUGAUCAAAGGAUACUACAGUGUGUAGUAUAGUAUUCUACAGUAUACUAUAGAAUUCUAUAGUAAGUACUUUAGUAUUCUAUAGUAAACUGUAGUAUUUUUUCGUGUGGGCAGGCCAUACUACUGUAGUAACAGAUUUUCUGGUAGUCUACUGGUAAACCUGGGAUUCAAUUCUACCACCAGGAGAUAGGGAGCAAACACUGUGAAUUGAAUAGGUUUCAGUUUGUGGACAUCAGUAAACAUCAGUUUAACGGUAUCUAUUUUGUAUAAAGACCCAUCUGAUACAUUGACUGAGCUGAUCUUACAGGACAAAAGGUAAUUGGCAGCUAACCACAAAUAAAGGUAGACUAAAUACAUUUACACUAAAUAUCUGCAUGCGCUGUUUCCUGUUAUAAAUGAGUCCUGUCGUAAAACUAUGCGUGCGUGAACAAGGAUUAUAACUCCGUCUGAAUAACGCCCAUCAUUCACCUUUUAUAAUGACAAUAACGCCCUUAUUUGCUGUAUACUUUGGAAGUAUUGGAAUUAGACCGACACAGUAUAUCUAAAGGAAAUAUCAAUGGGGAACUUGAUCAAAUGUCUUUGGAGGUGUUUCAGUGACAUUUGUUGUAUCUGACCAUUUCUGAAACAUAAAAACAAUUGCAAAUUGUUGUCGACCUCUAAACAGAUCGUUUGAAUUUAAUAAUGUUUUACAUUUACUUCCUCCCGAACCUAAAUAUGCUGCACUGAUCGCGAAUUCUGAAACGUCUACUCUGAAAGAAAUUAAAACUACAGUAGGCAUACUUAGUGGUAGCCUACACACUUCAAUGCAAAAUAUCAACUGCGUGUUCACCUGUUCAAUUCUACUGUAUGUUAUAAACACGCUUCCUUUCGGAUGAAUAGAGCAAAAAUUUGAAAUUAUAAUAGCCUAUCUAAUAGGCCCAAUUAAAAGCGAUACGCAUGGUAAUUUGUUGUAUGGCUACUUCGGGAAUAUGAACUCAUCGUGGCCAGAAAAGGUGCAAUGGUAAUGAUAUACUGUAUGUAUUAUGUUUAUCAAUGAAAUAUUGUCUAGGCUAAUCGAGAAAUGUGACAUUACAGUAUUCAGACGUAGCCUACAAAUGUCAAUGGAAAAGCUGAACCGUCUGUUCUACUGUUAAACUGCGCUUCGGAUCGCAUAGAGCAAAAUAUUUUAAAUGCCGGUAGCUUAUCUAUGUAUUACUGUGAAGUGGGUCCAACUAAAUGAGAGAUGGGACGAAUGGUAGCCUAUCCUAACUUGUUAUUGGCCUAUAGGCUAUUUCACGAGUAUGAAACCAUCACAGCCAGAAAAGGUGAGGAAUGUAUUCUGCAAUGAUCAUAGAAAUGAAAUAAAUACUGUAAAUCGGAGAUAGAAAAUAAUUAUUUUAGAAUGCAAAGAUAAAAUAAAUAGAUUUUCACUCUUCUCACUAACAGCAAAUGAUUGCACCUUGUUAUUAUAUUUAGAUACCAGUUUUUUUGUUAUUAAUAAUUCAUCAUACACUGAGUGUAUAAAACAUUAGGAACACCUGCUCUUUCCAUGACAUAGACUGACCAGGUGAAUCCAGGUGAAAGCUAUGAUCCCUUAUUGAUGUCACUUGUUAAAUCCACUUCAAUCAGUAUAGAUGAAGGGGAGGAGACAGGUUAAAGAAGGAUUUUUAAGCCUAGAGACAAUUGAGUCAUGGAUUGUGUGCAUGCCAUUCAGAGGAUUGAAUUGGCAAGACAAAACAUUGAAGUUCCUUUGAACGGGGUAUGGUAGUAGGUGCCAGGCGCACCGGUUUGUGUCAAGAACUGCAACGCUGCUGGGUUUUUCACAGUUUGUUGUGUGUAUCAAGAAGGGUCCACCACCCAAAGGACAUCCAGCCAACUUGACACAACUGUGGGAAGCGUUGGAGUCAACAUGGGCCAAAAUCCCUGCCCCGAUGAAUUGAGGCUGUUCUGAGGGCAAAAGCGUUGGGGGGGGGGGGGUGGAUAAGCACAUUCUCAUGUCAACUUCAGUUUAUAUAAAUGCCAACUUAUGCGUGAAAACUGUCGCUCACAUGUUUUGGGGCAUAUUUUGUGUGUAUGCAAUGUUUAUAAAUGAGGCCUCAGCUGAGGCUGUAUGUGCCGACAGGGCACUGGAGAGAGAUUUAUGACCGCUCUAUGCCUCGCUGUAAAGCUAUUCUCUACUACACUCCAUUCUGUUUUGUUGGGCUCUACCCUUGAUUCCUCACUGCUGUAUGCUAGCCCGUUACUGAGUUCUGCUUCAAAUGGUUCUAUUGACACUGUAAUUAGCAAUGUUCAUGCCCCGCCCAGCUGAGGAUCUGUCUUUUUCAACCAUCUAUUUCCUGUGUUUGAGGGGUGCAAAACCACUUGUCACUUAAAUCUAGCUGGAUUGAUUUUAUUUUCUUGCACCUAAUUUGUGGAACAAUCUUCUAAAUGUUCUUAAAUGUUGAUGUUUUGGUGCCUCUAGGGCAAUUCAGAAUGCUGAUUGAGGACGUUUUUAGUGAUGAAUGUGUUUGUUUUUUAUGACCUUGUUUUUCUUUCUGCUUGACUUUUGUAUUUUCAGUCAUGUAUGUAAUUCAUGGCUCAUCUGUAAAAUAGACCUUGGUCUCAGUAUGACUUUAAAGGUUAAAUAACAUGUUUGAUCUCGCAAACAAUGUAAAGUAUGUAUAGAUAGGUGUAAUCUAGAGCCAAGUGUGUUGAUUUUUUAUUCGAGGGUAUACUGCUAUUGACACACUUGUUGAAUUACGCAACAGAACAUGACAAUAACAGUACGAGGCAGUUUAGACAGCGCAGGUGAGUACAGGUAGGCCUAGACAAGUUUUUGGUGGUUGCAGCCCUGUUCCACACCGUUAUGUUAAAUGUAUUCAUAUAUGCAAAUACACCCAUUGUAUUUAUGCAGAUUAGGCACAUAUAAUUGUCUUUAUUUUAACACAAAAUAUUUAAAUAAAAUACCUGAUACCAUGACAAAAUGUAUGAGUGCAUUCUAUGAAAAAACACCUGAAUUCCCACCAAAAUCCCUGAACAUAAAAUGUUUUAUGUGCUAUAAUUCAGUCAAUAUCUAAUGGAUUUUAAAAAAUACUAAAAAGUUUGGAAUAUCUUCAUCCAUUGUCCAACUGUUGCAUUUAUUACAAUUGUUUUUAAAACCUUUUAACAAUUUUGAUAACCACUGCUACUGUAAUAGUAUUGGUAUUCUGUUGGUAUUCUCAGACCAUGUUACAGUAAUGCUGAUGGGAGAUGUCCCAAUAAUUACAUGACGACAACCAUCCCAGAAUGGGUUUAAAUGUUUUUCUGCCCUUCUGGUUUUGACUUUCUUCUGCUCAGCGUGCACGUCUCAUCUGUCUGUCUGUCUCUCUCUCUCACUCCAAGGACAGCCGACUAGCCGAGCAGACGGCUUCAGAUGUCGGGCCUAGCACAUGCAGUACAGCAGCGAAGCAGGGCUCAGCCCUUAUUCAGCACACGCCUGAGAGCAUCCUAAUUCACAUUUGUUUACUCAAAGAGCCCCCAAGAAGAGGACUGGUUCGAGGGCUUAACUCGGUGAGGCUCCAUGAGAUGGGAAUGCUUAUAGGACACAUCCUGGCUGGUAUUAUUAUUAUUAUAUUAUUAUUAUUAUAAAGAUCUCCACACAAAGUACUGCAGUUAGCUAAAUCAGCCCCUAGCUAAAUAUGCAUGCACUUGUAGCUUGACGGUGUAAACGGCAGUAAGAGUAAACUACGAUUUAGCACGUUGCAGGUUCUUUAAAAUGAACGGACAUUGUUCAUCAUGAAUUAGUGUCUUCUCUUGAAACUAUGCCAAUAUCCUGGACUUUAAAUCAAGAUUCUAGAGGCCACAUCUUCAAAACAUUGAAUGACUAAUGUGUGAGAAAGCUAAAGUGUACCAUCUAGGGACAAGAACUAGCCCCUUACUUUGCAGCAUAGGGGAGAGUGGGAUAAAUUGAGCCAAGUUGAAACCAUACACAAAAUGUAUCAUUUGACCAACUAUUUAGGAAGAGGUCAUCAUUUCAUGGAGUCUGUGAAAGAAGAAACCACAUGGAAAAAGUGGUACGCAAGUACGGUCCAAAAAACUGAUUUUAACCAAGUCAAAUUAAAUUAUUGUGUUAGAGGUUUCAUGACGCUUGUAUCUUAUAUUUAAACCAAAGUAGAUAAUUUAAAGAUUGUUCUGUACAUCAGUUGGGGUCUCUAUAAGCUUCAAUAUGAUGCCCUAAACCUAGCAUGAAAGUGCAUCCUUGUAGCUGUGUGGGCUAAUAUAGUCAAACUGUUUGCCUUGAGGUAAGUUGAGCCGAUGGCCAUGGGGUAAGUUGAGCCAAUGGCAAAGUGAGCAAAUUGUAGUGUUUUCUUCCCUGGCAUAAUGCAAGGCUUUAUUGCUGGGAUAUGAGGGCCUGGAAUAUGUUUAAAAUGUUUUUAAAAGUACAGUGUGUUGUUAGGUGUUACGCCUGUGUUAAAAUAUACUUAAAAUUAUUCAAAGACAAAGUGAUUGUGAUAGACAUGGUUUUAAAAAGAUAAUGGUAAUAUUUCAUUCAGUACAGACAUUUAUAGGUAGCUUAACUGACCAUGUCCCACAGCUCAACUUACCUCAUACACGGGGUAAAUUGUGCCAAGAGACCAUUUUUUUUGGACAAGCUAUGUUUUCAAAACUGUAAUGUUUACAUGAAUUCUGAUUAUUUCCAGGGAUAUACAACAUCCUGAAAUAUAUGUAGAUAUAUUUGUUAGAAAGGUUACUAUAUUUCACUUGAUGGAGUGAUGCUGAAUGUAAAACAUUUCUCAACUUACCCCACUCUCCCCUAUUGGUGUCAGAAGUGGGAUGGCGUUACCAUGGGGAGGUACGUGAGCUAGAGGGAUGUUUGAAAAGGUAUUUAGACCAAAAUGUAAGUUAGAACAUUACAACCCUACCAACAGCCUGGGCAUUUGGUACAAAUUAAGUUUGAGUGCACAAUGUCAGCCCCUAUUCAAAAAAGCUAUGAUUACAUGUGGAUAACUCCAAUACCAACAAGAACAAAUAAUGGAGCCAUGACUACUUACGUAACUGGGUGCAAAUAUGGGAUAUUUGACCAAACACAAAGACAUACUUGUUGUGAGAACUUGGGGAUGCACGGUUUAAACUCUGUAAUUCACAAGUUACUCAAUAGAUGCUGAUUUUGUGUUCUGAUACCUCUCCAGUUUCCCUAAGUAAUGAACUUAGGGCUGUCGGGGUGCCACAGAUUUCACUCCCCAUCUUUGGGCUUGAAAGCUGGAACUGCAGCCACUCAGGACUUGAAAUGCUUAGAAGCCAUCCCGUAGUUGCCAGUGCCGGGAUCUUGGCCCAUUUCAUGUGAAAGACCCCAAACUCUGCAUCACAGUUCAUCCUGCUAUGAGGCGUGUUUCAAAAUCCCAUCGGCCCAUUCAUCUUCACAUGCGGCAUCGCCCGCUAGUCGCUUGCAGCAAUGUACGUUCACCAACCCGAAAAUCCCCCUGAUAACAGAAGAGUAGCUCUAGGAUGCAAUUCGCAUUGGUCAACAGAUUACCUCCUUCACCCGAAGAAAAACUAUCAGUUAGCAUUGAUUACUUGAUCCGUUUAUUCUAUCAAUGCUUACAAAUCGUAUAGAGAUGGGCAAAUCUUAAGCUUUGCAGGGGGACUUGGCUGCAAUGUUUGGAAUACGCAGGCGAGAUGCUAUGCAGGAGUUUACUUGGUCUCCAUUCACCUCUGCCUUCACUAGCCCCCCGCUAUGUAACAGGAUUUGUUACGUCUUUGUCCAAUUUUACCCACGGGUGGUUUCAUCUGCAUGCUCUUGGAGUGUGGGAAUGCUCUCCUCGCUCUCCAGGUCUUCCACUCUCUCCUCUGUCCCACAGUGAUUCUCAAACAAGGCGCUACUAUUGCAAGAUUCAGUCUUCCCAGCCUGGUGCAGGUCUACAAUUUAGUUUCUGGUGUCCUUGACAGCUCUUUGGUCUUGGCCAUAGUGGAGUUUGGAGUUGGACUGUUUGAGGUUGUGGACAGGUGUCUUUAUACUGAUAACAAGUUCAAAAAGGUGCCAUUAAUACAGGUAACGAGUGGGGACAGAGGUUGCCCCUUAAAGAAAGAAGUUACAGGUCUGUGAGAGCCAGAAAUAUUGCUUGUUUGUAGGUGACCCAAAUAUUAUUUUCCACCAUAAUUUGCAAAUAAAUCAUUAAAAAUCCUACAAUGUGAUUUUCUGGAUAUUUUUUUUCUCAAUUUGUCUGUCAUAGUUGACGUGUACUAUGAUGAAAAAUUACAGGCCUCUCUCAUCUUUUUAAGUAGGAGAACUUGCACAAUUGGUGGCUGACUAAAUACUUUUUUCCCCCACUGUAUAUGUAGAUAUCUUUGUUAGAAAGGUUACUAUAUUUCACUUGAUGGAGUGAUGCUGAAGGUAAAACAUUUCUCAACUUACCCCACUCUCCAAAUUCAUCGUUUUUGUUUGGGUUGGGGAUUGCAUUGAUAUAGCGCUUCACUAGUUCUCAAAUCACAUAUGAUUACAUGUGGAUAACUCACCCCUACUCCACUACCACAAAUGUGGAGCCAGCACCCUACAGUACAGUAACUGGGUGCACAAAUAGGCAGCUAUUCUGCACCCAAACACUCACAAGACAUCAGCUAUGUGGAAAGCAGGGGGUUGCACGUUUGAAACCAGCUAAGGACAACUGAACGUUGCAAUAGAUCAAAUGAAGUGUUUCUGAAAAGGCUUCCUUGUUCCUAAGUAAAAACAGCAACAGAACUGGAGAGUGUGGCCGAUGAGUCACGUCACCCUAUUUGAGCAGAAAAGCGCAACUCCCAAGUACAGUAGAACUGUUCCAAGAGCAAUGCAGGUCCCAGUGAGGUGCUGUGCCAGGGAUCUGCCCCCAGCUCUACCUCCAGGUUGCCUCCAACUCUGGCCUCACAGGCUUCAUUCGCCUUGGCCGUGUUUCAAUGCGCUGCUGCUCUCCUCACACUGCGCAUCGCCCCAAGCACUCGGCUGAGCCGCAUGGUACGUUCACCAACCCGAAAAGCUGCUGUGCAAACAGAAAAAUAAAAACCCACAAAGUGCAUUCCCAUGGGUAAGAUCUACCUCCUCACCCCGAAUGCAGAAAAACUACAGUUAGCUAUGGUUGAUUGAUCGUUAAAUAUUCUAUAUGGUUUACAUCGUAUAGAGAUGGGGCAAAUCUUAAGUGCACUUUGCAUGUCGUGGCAAUGUUGGAAUAGACAGCGCAGAACUGAUUUGCAGGAGUACUCUGUUUCCAUUCACCUCUGCCUUCAUGCAGCCCUCCAGCUAUAACAGUGGAUUGUUACUCUUUGUCCAAUUACAUUAAAACAUGGUUUCAUCAUGGUCUUUGGAGUGUUGAAUGCUCCUCCUCAGCUCUCCAAGUCUCCCUCUCUCCUCUGUUAGAUAAUCACAUUCAUCUUUUGAUAGAGCCGCCUCUAACUUUGCACUUGGAAACGCCAGGAUCCUGCAACUGUAAAAAUGUGGCUUUUAAAUCAUUUAAAUAUAAUUUCUGCAACAAUAUUUGUCCAUCACAUGGUAGUUUUAGCCAGGUAUUCGAGCUGAGAUUCUCCCCUCCUCCAUUUCCCUGAAAAAGCACUCAUCUCUGCAUGUUCUCAGAGAGAAUACAUCUAUGGCACCGUCCAGAGGUGGCUUGGAAACAUGACCAAAAUGCAAGGUGAGAGGGCGAUAUCUUUUCUAUGCCAAGUAUAGGGGAUAGCUGAUACCAAACCAGAAGGGGAUAACAUCAAGUUUAAAUAAUGUAGAUUUCCUUGGGCAAAAUACAGCAUUAAACACUUCUUGAUUAAAUUGACAACUGAAAGCAGCAAUAAAGGAUUUUCCACUCUUUGGUUUCUGAGUAUGAUAAAAGGUGGUGCCUUUCUGUGUGCAUAUUAGUUCAGCUAGCUAGCCGCUUCAGUGGUCAAUGAAGCCCUCUCCUGGUGUUGGAGUUUCCUCCUCUAGUGAAUGAGACAUUUUAACUCGACUGCCUUUUCACUUUACUUGAAGUGCUGUAUGUAUUUUUAAUCAUCACUGAGAUCUCAGAACUUAGAAUGCAAGAGAUAUUUAUUGAUAUGAGCGAUAUAAAACUUUUAGAAGAAGGACAGCUUAUGUCAUGAAUUUGGUGAGUAGUGGCAGUGAUUAAUUCUCAUAUGAGGAGUAGAAAAUUACCUUAAUCUCAGUAUUCAAACAUUAUCGUUAUUAAGAUCUAAUUACUGGUCGCCUCACUACAUUUCUAAUUUGAGAGUUUCUACAUGGAUAAAUACUGCAGCAUCAAGUUCUUGCUUGAACUUUAAACACUGAUUGGUACAUAGUGAAAAAGCUCAGCGAUGCAGUGUGCCAUAUAAGACGGGUAAAAUGGAAAUAAACCCUCAGUCAAGACAUGGGCUAUCUGCUCCAUCAACAGAAGCCUCUGGGCUUGCACUGUAAGUACAGUAUCACAUGGCACAUCCUCUCUCUCUGUUGUGGAUGUGGUCUUUUGAUCUCCAUAUUAUGUUAGCCAAGUAUGGACACACUGCAGAGUCCCAUGGGAAAUCAGUCUAUUGCAGCAUUGCCUCUGCUGGAGGUGAAAGAAUUAGGGAGAGAUGGAGAGAUAGUCAGAGACCUUAUCAAUCUUAUUCUUACUGAGUUGUCUUUUUCCCCCUCUCUGUGUGCAUGGGUCAGUGGGCUCAACAUCCGAACCUGCAGCAUUACCACGUCAUUUGGCUUUGUGUGUGUGGUAUGGUAUGGUGUGGUAUGGUGUGUGUGUGUGUGUGUGUAUGUGUGUGUGUGUGUGUGUGCAUAACUGAUUUCCUCUUCAAUAUAACAGUCAUGGAAGCAGCACACCCAAAAUACACAAAUGUUUCUAAUUUUAGGGGGAGAGAAUACAGGCUAGUGCUGUUAGGCUAUCCCAUCAUACAAUCGACCACAGAAAUACUUAAGUGGAGUGUGAGGUAUAAAGGGAGUGUGAGGUAUAAAGGGAAAUGAUAGCCUACACAUAGGCUCAGUGCUUGACUUGGGCAGGAGCUCACAGAAUCGGAGUAUCUGCACCUGAAAUGUUCUACUGCUUGAGCGCCUGUAACUCUUAUAGAAUAUUAGCUCAAAAGUAUUGUGGAGCUCCUGCACCUAAAUAUAAACAGUACUGGCACCCAAAAUGAAUACUGGCACCUAUUUCAGUCCAAGUCAAGCACUGCAUAGGCUGUUUACACUGGUACCCCAAUUCUGAUCUUUCUUCCACUAAUUGGUCUUUUGACCAAUCACAUCAGAUCUUUUCACGUCAGCUCUUGUUCAGAGUUGACCUGAUUGGUCAAAAAAACAAUUACUGAAAAAAAGUUCAGAUUUGUGCUGCCUGUGUGAUGGAUUCAGAUUAUUCUCAGAUACAUUCUACAAUCAGUAGAUUUUAUGCGCCCUGGACUCCAUUAACCACUACUGAUACCCAUGACAGGCGCAUUUCACGUUCAAAUAACUCCAAGAACAGACUCAAGAGAGCCAGAUUAUAACCUACUGUUUUAUCUAGCCCUGUGGCACACAUUAAAGUGAAAUUCUUUCCCCAUCGCCGCAUUAAUCAUUUUCAUAAUCUAUCUAUAUUCUAUCGACCUGUCAAGUCAAUAAACAAAAGCAAACCCAGACCCGUUUAUAAACAAUGCGGUCCUACCUGAAUCGAACGUCUGGAUUUAUUUGACCAAGUAGGAAUGUUGUUAAGGUUUUCCAGAACAUAUAUAAUAAUUGAGCGAGUUUGUGUCGUUUCGCGUCGUCCUAUAAUUGAGUCCACAUCACAAAACAGGCUAUACUUACUUGUCGGGCACUGUAAGUGUUACAUUGUUCGUUUCCUCAACUUGCAGUAUUCCUCUUGAGUUUUACCACGACAAAAGCCAACCCAAAUGUUAUUGCAUUUCCGAGAAGAAGAGAAGGAAAGGGCACUUGAAUAGGCUACAGAUUGCGGCAGACGUUCAUCCAAUGAGUAGCCUGCGCGCGCGGUGUCUCUGGAAGAACGCAACCGUCUUGGUGCUGGAUAGUAAUUUCAACAGAGGUCAGAGUACAAUAAUAGCCACUAUCAUCCGGUGAGAAAGAGGUAUCGUCACGAUUAUGUAGCCCGCUCACGAAAAGGAUAUGGCAGAAAUGUACGCGAUCAGGCUUGUAGUGAAAAGCAAAUAAUGAAUGCGCAUCAAAUUAUUGUUUGGAAAGAAUGAUGGAACUUACAAUAUUGCGCCCCUUUUGUCAUGCAUGAGAACCUCUUGUCUUCUCUGCGCAAAAAGGAAAUCCAUAUCCAACAAAUUAGGAGUGGAUGAGUGAAUGGUUAGGUUGGUGAGAGAGAGAUUGAAUGUGCAAUGCCACUUAAAUUAGCCAACCUAUGAAUGUGUAAUGCCACUUAAAUUAGCCAACCUAGGUGCAAGUAAAAGAGGAAUCGUCACGAAUUGAGGGGGCACAUUUGAGUCCCUGCCCUAGUGGCCAUGAGGUUUUGUUUAAAUGAUGUCCCUGGCCACAGUUGUUUCAAAUGUAUCUACCACAUAAAUUGUAGUAUUGGUGCCAUGCCCAUUGGAGACAAAAUAUACAGUCAUGCAUUGCGAGAUAAUUGCAAUUCAUCUCAGGAAUGCAGAAGUUUUCAGCAAUAAAUUAAAGUAAUGCCAGUAACUUUAAUUACAAAAAGAGGCUAAUCAUGAUUGAUUUGCCAUCAAUCAUCUGCACUAAUUAGGCUAAUCUAGGCUACUCAAUCAAAAUAAAGGCACAGCAAACAUCGACAGAGCUAUCAACCCUCCUCUUUAUUUGAAACCGGAGAUGGUGUUGUGGUUAAGAGACUGUGGGGGCAGCUGUCCAAGGUCCUGAAGAGCCCAGCAAUGAAUGGUGCCUUGGACAGCAAUUCACUUUGUGUAAGCAACAUGCAGCCACAGAGUAGAUAUAGGCCUAUACUGUUUUUACUUGCAAUAAUUGUAUGAUACACGACCAUUGCAUGAUACAGGAGUGAUAUAAUAGGCAGAUCGGCCAAUAGGCAUAUGCGCCAGUGCCCAACUACCUUUAGAUUGAGUUGAUGGGAAACCUAAUGGUCAACCAUAUCAAAUCAAGAGUUAAACUCCCCCACACACUCUCUGAUGACAUACGAUUUCCAGUUCAAUGUCCCUUCCAUUCCCCAUUAUAGUAAUUUCAUAGUUCACUAAAUAUGGCCCUGGAGAUGGCAUAUGUGCACAGACGUCCUGAUUAGGUUUGGAAUGGAUCCAUCCUGGAGUUUGUCACUUAUAGGCUACAUUCCCCUGACCUAAACCAUAAUAGGCCACAAAAUCUACAGUGCACAUGGGCGAUAUUGAAAGAGGUAGAUCUAGGGUGACACUUUAUUUGGAGAGUCCCCUUAUAUAUGGUUUAUAGAUGUUCAACAGAUUUGCAGUUGAUAGUUUGAAAAUCUAUAGACCAUUUAUAGGGGCCUCUCAAAAUAGUGUGAACAGAUAUACUAUACAGAUUUCCAAUUGCUUUAAAAAAGUUGGAAUAACUUUUCAUAGUAUUUAAAGUGUGCCACCAUACUGGUGGUGAGGGAAGAAAAGUGACACAUGAGAAGUAUAGAUUCUAGCAUUUUGAUAGAAACACCAUGGGAAGGAAGGGACGUAGUGUGGAGGGCAUUGUUGAAGCAUGUGACUGAGGAGUUUGGGUGCUUUUUGGACAAAGUGUAUUGAUCAGUAGAGAUGCUAGGACCAAGUGUGAAACGAGAUCUGUGUUUAAAGUGCUGGGUCAGUCCGUUCCACCCAGACGUUCUGAGAGCAGUGACCUUACAGGAACACAGAGUAUGCGUCCCAAAUUGCACCCUAUUUCAUAGUUCACUACUUUUGACCAGAGCCCUAUGGGUCAAAAGCAGUGCACUAAAUAGGGAAUAGGGUGCCAUUUGGGACGCAACCAGAGACUCGGCAUCAGCUCGUCUGUCUAAUGGUUAUUAAUGGUGGUGAUUUUGCCCAUUGACAAUAAUAAGGCCCAAAUGUAAAGGCUAAGCAUUUUGUUUCAAUCAACCUUGCAUACGGGCAUCCAUUACACUAAUGACUACACACAAGCAAGCAGUUAGUGUAAGUUCUAUCCAGACUCUCCGCAUUAACAGCAAUUGGUGAUUCAAUGAAAGGGAGGUAUAAAAACAAGGAAUGUAAAAUUGUCAUUCACUGCAGGACAACUCUUAUAGCAUUGAUCUCCAUGUGACCCUAAUACAAUUGCAUAAUGGAUAUUUGAGGAACCAGUGUGUACCUUGUUACUAUGUUACUAUAAUAAACCAACUAACAUCUACUACUAACAACUAUGAGAAUACAUAAUCUUCUCUUGCUUUUGGACUUUUAAAUUGGGGGACAAUUAUUGCAAAUGUUAACAGGCUACCGUAGUUGAUUGUUCCUCAUUCAUAGCCAAUAAUCAAGUCUACCUUGAGGAGACCAAUGACAACCUGGGGCGGGGAACUGGACUGUAUCCAUGGUAACCAGCAGCUUCCUGGUGAGUGCGAGGUCUGUGGUGGUCAGAUCGGAGCUAAUAUCAUUUACUGGGCUGCAGGGUAUUUUGUGCUGCUUAUCAGGCCUGCCUACACCCCCCCCACACACACACACACACACACUACUGGGCUGGGCAGAGCUCUCUCAGCCAAAUGGAGGGGCAUAAUGCUUCCCUCAGUCUUAUGACAUCAAUCACUGUGUUAUACAGUUCAUACAGUGGAUCACUGGAUAGCUGCUUUUCACAGGGUGAAAGUUGGUGUAUAUUCAACAUGCAGACAGUGUUAGAGGAACAAAUGACCUCGGAGGAGUGUGGGAGAUGAUUGAUCAUGACUAAGCAUUGUACCGGCUCUCUGUAAGCGUAUCCAUCCAUCAUGUGACCCACCGAAUGCGUCCCAAACGCCACCCUAUUCCCUAUUUAGUACACUUCUUUUGAACAGAGGACCUGGUCAAAAUAAGUGCAAUAAAUAGGGAAUAGGGUGUCAUUUGGGCCUCUGCCACUUGUCUCCGCUGUGCACCUCGCCUGCCACUUGUCUCCGCUGUGCACCUCGCCUGCUAAACAACGCUCACUAGCCUGAAUUCUUACUCACUAGCACUGCAGCUCCAAUUUACAUAGCCAGCAAUAGAUAGACAGAGAAGCCAAUGAGACAGUAUACUGAUCUCAUUGCAGGGAACAUUCAUUGCCAGUACUACCAACUUUUUGUCUAAAAAGCUUUCUUUCUAUGAAAUGGGAAUAAAUAACAAUCUUUAAUAAUCUGUACCCAAGAGUAAAACAGGAUAACUUAAAUUCACCCGCCAGUGGGGCAUAUUUGGGGCACAAGUCCCUGCUACUACAUUCAGGAUGGCAGCUUGAAGACCCAGACCCUUGCCACACUCCCCAUCUAGACGAUGAUUCUGCAACUGCUGACAGAGUUGCACUGUGUAUCUGCAUAUCUAUUACACGUGGCCCUCAUAAAUAACCUGUAAUGGAACUGUCACCUCACUAGUGCCAUCACAUAUUAACUCCGCCUCAACGCCAGCAGAGCAGCAGACGAGAGCUGUGCUUGACUACAGUAAACUGUGUUUGAGUACUGCAGAUUGUAGCGGCACAGUGGUAUCCAGUACAUGUCUGAUCGAAUUAGGAGUGGAUUGCCAUCUUGAACCUCGUGGUUAAAAACCCAUUCUCGAGAAUGUUUUCGGGUACUGACCCAAGAACAAUACACAUCUAUUUGUGGCCAACUCCACCCCAUCCCUGUGGCCACACCCAUCCAUCGGCGGGCCGCCCUCUUUCCCCACCCCAUCCUCUGACUGACCGCCUUACAUAAACCACCAAGUCCAUAAACCACCAAGUCUCCAUUGGCCAGUUAUUCAGUUAAGUUAUAUACAGUAUGUGGGGUUGCCUGUCCAAUUACUCGUAUACGAGGGUUUUCCCUCAUUGAUGAGGUUGCUAGAGCGUUUACUAGUGAAAAGAGACAAAAUGCUUGUUACCAGCGUGGAAAAUAUUAUUGCUAUCACUGUAAUGUCUAUAGAACUUGGAUUAUCAACCCUCAUGCAAUGGUUAACCAGCGUUAGUUGGUCUGCGCAACCAAAUAUGCCCGGAGGGGUUCGAGAGACAAUAUGGAAAUGAAAAGCUCACUUUGCUUCCAAUUAAUUCAUUCCGCAUAUGUAAUAUAUUGGAGAUAAGACUUUCAAAGGAGGAUAAAAAUAGAUACGCUCCUCAUUUUACACAUUUUUCUCUGCAGCCCGCUGUGCCUCUCAAACACAAAUGCUCAAAUAACCCGGUGCUCAGAGGCUCCUCUUGAAUAUGGAGUUUAUUAUUGGUGCUGGCGGGGUUGGGCUGAAGCCAUUAGAAUUCAGCAGCAGAGACGGAAGCAGUGGCAGCAGAAGACCCCAGCAGUGCAUAUGAGGGGGGAAUAGAGAGGGGGAGCACAAACACAGCUAAUGACUGUGUGUGUGUGUGUGUGUGUGUGUGUGUGUGUGUGUGCGCGUGUGUGUAAUUGCUUACCGUAUGUUUGCAUAUCGGUCCAUAUGCACUGAGAUAGGUUUCUUGGGGUAACAAUGUGAACAGGAAGAUGGGAUGGCACUUGCGACUAGAUCAUACAAAGGUUUGGACUUAACACAUAGGUCUACUUUCGAUUGUCUACCAUUCUACUGUCCUUUAUCUCGGAUAUCUUCCUCAUUCUUGUUUUUUUGUGUGACUUGAAAAUUAUUACACACGACAAACGUGAUCAGAUGACGGUGCCUGCGGUUGCUUCUUGGUCUGCAGUAUUACAUUUGAAUCACCAAAGUGACCCUCAGUAUAUCCUAUAUAGAUUUCUAUUCAACCUGCGACUUGUCAGACUGAGAAGCAAAGGAUAAAGAAGUGUUUAUUAACUUUUUUAUUGCUGGGACUAGGGAUGGGCGUUUGAAAUAAUUUCACUAUUUGAAUAAUAGCAUCUUUUUGGGGGAUAUCCGGAUCAUCUAAAUACAUAGUGUUUAAAAAAAUCUAACUUCAAUGGAGACUUGCUUGCGCGACUCAGGAGAGAGCUGGUGCGCUGCGUUCUGCUUGUUUCAGCAGAAGAUGGGGGGGAGAGAGACAGAGAGAGAGAGAGAGAGAGAGAGAGAGAGAGAGAGAGAGAGAGAGAGAGGGAGGAAAGAAGGGCCUUCUAUGCCAUCAAAAGGAACAUAAAACUCAACAUCCCAGUUAGGAUCUGGCUAAAAAUUCUUCAAUCAGUUAUCGAACCCAUUGCCCUCUAUGGUUGUGAGGUCUGGGGUCCACUCACCAACCAAGAAUUUACAACAUGGGACAAACACCCAAUUGAGACUCAACAUGCAGAAUUCUGCUAAAAUAUACUUUUUGUACAACGCAAAACCCCAAACAAUGCAUGCAGAGCAGAAUUAGGACUAUACCCGCUAGUUAUCAAAAUCCAGAAAAUAGCAAUUGAAUUCUACAACCACCUAAAAGGAAGCGAUGCCCACACAUUCCACCACAAAGCCCUCACCUACAGAGAGAUUAGCCUAGAGUCUCCUCAGCCAGCUGGUUCUGGGGCUCUGUUCACAAACAGACCCCACAGAGCCCCAGGACAGAAACAUAUUUAGACAGAACCAAAUUAUGAGAAAGCAAAAAGAUGACUAUUUCACACACUGGAAAGAAUCAACCAAAAAACUGAGCAAAUUGGAAUGCUAUCUGGCCCUAAACAGAGAGUACACAGUGACAGAAUACCUGACCACCGUGACUGACCCCAAAUUACGAAAAUCAUAUGUACAGACUCAGUGAGCAUAGCGAGAGAGGCUGACAUUGGCAGACCUGGCUCUCAUGAGAAGACAGGUUAUGUGCACACUGCCCACAAAAUUAGGUGGAAACUGAGCUGCACUUCCUAACUGUGACACUCUGGCUCCAUGGACUUUGAUUAUUGAGCCAGGGUUGUUCAUUUUCAUUGUUUGGGUGUAUUUUCUAUGUUGGAUCUAGUUGUUCAUUUCUAUGUUUGGUUUUGUUGUUGAUUAGUCAUAUGACUCCCAAUCGGAGGUAACGAGUGUCAGCUGUCGGCUCAUUAUCUCUGAUUGGGAGCCAUAUUUAAACUGUGUGGUUUCACCUGGGUUUUGUGGGUUUUUGUUCCAUGUUUCUGUCAGUGUUACAGAGGACUUCACUAUCGUCAUUUGUUGUUUUUCGUGGUUGCUUUAUUAAAUAAAGUCAUCAUGUUCACUCCACGCGCUGCGUAUUGGUCCGCUUCUUCAGACGAUCGUGACAGAAAAACCCACCUUAAAAGGACCAAGCAGCGGGUCAAGCGGCAACAGGACCCAGCUCCAAAGGCUUCCUGGACAUGGGAGGAGAUUUUGGACGGAAAGGGGUCCUGGACUUGGGAGGAGAUCCUGGAUGGGAUGGAUCGCCGUCCAUGGAGCGAAACGGUGGAGAGGCGACGGCGAGAGGAGCAACGGCGUCAGCAGGGCCAUCAUCGUUGGAAGGACGAGAGGCAACCCCAAAAAGUUUUUUGGGGGGGGCACAUGGCUUGGACGACGGGGCUAACGGAGGCAGAGAAGGGGCGAAUUCAAGAGGCCACCAGGUUACGGGGGCUACUGGUUAAAGGAGGGAAAGGAGAUGUAGAGGCACGGCGUGAGAGACUGAGGUGUGUAUCCAGUCCGGUCCGGCCCGUUCCAGUUCCCGGGGUAGAGCCAGUGGUGUGUGCCUCCAGUACGGUCCGGCCUGUUACAACCCCUCGCACCAAAGAUACGGUGCGCUGCGCCAGCCCAGCCCGGCCUGUUCCGGCCACUCGCACCAGGGACACGGUGCGCUUCGCCAGCCCGGCCCGGCCUGUUCCGGCCACUCGCACCAGGGAUACGGUGCGCGUCGCCAGCCCGGCCCGGCCUGUUCCGGCCACUCGCACCAGGGAUACGGUGCGCGUCGCCAGCCCUUUCCCACCAGUGCCUACACCACGCCCCAAGCCUCCUGUGUGUCUCCCGAGUCCUGUGCGUCCUGUUGCUGCUCUCCGCACUAGCCCUUAUGUGCGUUCCCAGGGUCCAGCAUGCCCUGUUCCGGCUCUCCGCACUAGGCGUUAUGUGAGUCCCCAGGGUCCAGCAUGCCCUGUUCCGGCUCUCCGCACUAGGCGUUAUGUGAGUCCCCAGGGUCCAGCAUGCCCUGUUCCUUCUCCCCGCACUAGGCGUUAUGUGAGUCCCCAGGGUCCAGCAUGCCCUGUUCCGGCUCUCCGCACUAGGCGUUAUGUGCGUCCCCAGGGUCCAGCAUACCCUGUUGCUUCUCCCCGCACUAGCCCUGAGAUGCGUGUCCUCAGCCCGGUACCUCCAGUUCCGGCACCACGCAUCAGGCCUACGGUGCGUCCCCAGGGCCAAGCAUGCCCUGUUGCUGCUUCCCGCACUAGCCCUGAGAUGCGUGUCCUCAGCCCGGUACCUCCAGUUCCGGCACCACGCAUCAGGCCUACGGUGCGUCCCCAGGGUCCAGCAUGCCCUGUUGCUUCUCCCCGCACUAGCCCUGAGAUGCGUGUCCUCAGCCCGGUACCUCCUGUUCCGGCACCACGCACCAGGCCUACGAUGCGCCUCAGACGGCCAGAGUCUGCCGUCUGCCCAACGGGGCCUGAACUGUCCGUCUGCCCAACGGGGCCUGAACUGUCCGUCUGCCCAACGGCGCCUGAACUGCCCGUCUGCCCAACGCCGUCUGAACGGUCCGUCUGCCAAGCGCCGCAGGAACUGCCCGUCUGUACUGAGCCUGCAAAGCCGCCCGUCUGCCAUGAGCCUUCAGAGCCGUCCGCCAGACCGGAGCCGCUAGAGCUCUCCGCCAGACAGGAGCAGCCAGAGCCUUCCGCCAGACAGGAUCAGCCAGAGCCUUCCGCCAGACAGGAGCAGCCAGAGCCUUCCGCCAGACAGGAUCAGCCAGAGCCUUCCGCCAGACAGGAUCAGCCAGAGCCUUCCGCCAGACAGGAUCAGCCAGAGCCUUCCGCCAGACAGGAUCAGCCAGAGCCUUCCGCCAGACAGGAUCAGCCAGAGCCUUCCGCCAGCCAGGAUCCGCCAGAGCCGUCCAGCCAGGAUCCGCCAGAGCCGUCCAGCCAGGAUCCGCCAGAGCCAGCCAGCCAGGAUCCGCCAUUCAGUCCGGUGCUGCCCCUCAGGCCGGUGCUGCCCCUUAGUCAGGUACUGUCCCUUAGUCCGGUGCUGCCCCUUAGUCCGGUGCUGCCCCUUAGUCCGGUGCCGCCCCUUAAUCCAGUGGGGUUUAGUUGGGGGGUGGUCAGGUGGAGGGGGCUACGGAAGCGGAUAGUGACUAAGGUGGGGUGGGGACCACGACCUGGGCCAGAGCCGCCACCAUGGACAGACGCCCACCCAGACCCUCCCCUAGACUGUAUGCUGGUGCGCCCGGAGUUCGCACCUUUAGGGGGGGGUACUGUGACACUCUGGCUCCAUGGACUUUGAUUAUUGAGCCAGGGUUGUUCAUUUUCAUUGUUUGGGUGUAUUUUCUAUGUUGGAUCUAGUUGUUCAUUUCUAUGUUUGGUUUUGUUGUUGAUUAGUCAUAUGACUCCCAAUCGGAGGUAACGAGUGUCAGCUGUCGGCUCGUUAUCUCUGAUUGGGAGCCAUAUUUAAACUGUGUGGUUUCACCUGGGUUUUGUGGGUUUUUGUUCCAUGUUUCUGUCAGUGUUACAGAGGACUUCACUAUCGUCAUUUGUUGUUUUUCGUGGUUGCUUUAUUAAAUAAAGUCAUCAUGUUCACUCCACGCGCUGCGUAUUGGUCCGCUUCUUCAGACGAUCGUGACACUAACCUCCUGCCAAAUUUCCCUCAGAUUACACAGACCCGCAAAGAAUUCGAAAACAAAUCCAAUUUUGAUAUACUCUCAUAUCUAUUAUGUGAAAUACCACAGUGUGCCAUCACAGCAGCAAGAUGUGUGACCUGUUUCCACAAGAAAAGGGCAACCAGUGAAGAACAAACACCAUUGUAAAUACAACCCAUAUUGUAAAUACAACCCAUAUUUAUGUUUAUUUAUUUUCCAUUUUAUUCUUUAACUAUUUGCACAUAUUUUUCAACACUGUACAUAGCCAUAAUAUGACAUUUGAAAUGUCUCUAUACCGUUGAAACUUUUGUGAGUGUAAUGUUUACUGGUAAUUUCUGAUUUGUUUAUUAUCUAUUUCACUUGCUGCCAUCGGUUAUCUAUCAUACCAUCUGGUAGUGCCUGUCUUGACUGCAUCAAAUCGUUAUAAAGAAGCUAGCUAGCUACAGUAGCCAGCUAGCUAGCUAACAUAGUCCGCUAAUUUACGCUAUUUUGCUGCGCUCCCCGUCCUUGUCUACAACAACUCCAUUCAUAUUAAACAACUGCCUACAUGUUGGUUGAUCAUUGCAGCCUACUCCUUCUCAUUUAGCCAACUUAAUUCUGUAAUUUUAAGUCAAUUUUGCAUUAAUUAGAAAUGUACACAUUGUGCCUCUGACUUUAGCGCCGCUGUGAUUGACCGACAAUAACAACAAGCUACACUUACGAAACAGGAAUGUAGGCUACCGGUGUGUCUUUUGUAUGGUGCGCACUCAUACAAACUGUCAUAACUGUUGUUUUAUUAACAUUUGGAAAGUAAUGGUCUAUCCUUGUUGGCUAUGUAGCAAUGUGACAUAGAUAAUCGAAUACUAAUGUCAGUUUGAAUACUCAAAUAUUUGUCCUUGAGGACCACUUCCAUUAAAGUUAACACUUAAGAACUGAAUAAAAUUGGUGUCAGCUCACCAUCUAUGGCCAGGGACCAGUUAGCAACAUCUCUGGCCGGUGUUGGUCCAUGGACCAGAGGUUUAAGACCACUGCUACACAGUGCUGGACUUGGGCUGGAGCUGUCAGGAGCGCCUUACAGGCACUUCUAUAUUUUGCUCCUCUAUAAAACAAAGUAGCCUAGCCCAGAUUCACACACCAAGGCAAAAAAGGUUGAUCAAAGCAGAAUGAAGGUGGGAUCUGCAUUGAAUAGCAAUUGAGAGUGGGCAUUCAUUUCCUGAUUACGCUUUGUUCAAGUUUAUUUGCCGCAAGUCUGUGAAUCUGUGUGUGACAGUAGGCUGGCUGUUCGAGAUUGCGCAGAUUGAAAAUGCACCAGCCUGAAUGUGCAUGAUGCGCUGUUCCAAGUUGUCAAAUUAGGGUUUGUAAGGUCAUGUAAAGGUCAUUGUUAAUAUAAUUCAUGAAGGCUCACUUUAAAAUAUCAUCAAUCACUUAAAAAUCUAAAUUACAGCUAUUAUCGUAAUGACCCUUCAGUGAAUGUCUGUGUGUGCUGCGUGUGUGCCAGUACGAGUGUGCCGUUGCCAGUGGUGUAAAGUACUUAAGUGAAAAUACUUUAAAGUACUACUUAGUAGUUUUUUUUGGUGUCUGUUCUUUACUUUACUAUUUAUAUUUUUGACAUCUUUUACUUUUACUUCACUACAUUCCUAAAGAAAAUAAUGUACUUUUUACUCCAUACAUUUUCCCUGACACCCAAAAGUACUCAUUACAUGUUGAAUGGACAGGAAAAUGGUCCAAUUCACGCACUUAUCAAGAGAACACGUGGUCAUCCCUGCCUCUGAUCUGGCAGACUCACUAAACACAAAUGCAUCGCUUGUAAAUUAUGUCUGAGUGUUGGAGUGUACCCCUGGUUAUCUGUAAAUUUUCAAAACAAGAAAAUGGUGCCGUCUGCUUUGCUUAAUAUAAGGAAUUUUAAAUGAUUUAUACUUUUACUUUUGAUACUUAAGUGUAUUUUAUAUUUAGAACCAAAUACUUUUAGACUUUUACUGGGUGACUUUCACUUUUACUUGAGUAACUUUUUAUUAAGGUAUCUAUACUUUUACUCAAGUAUGACAGUUGGGUACUUUUUCCACCCCUGGCCAUUGCCGGCGUAGGGAGAGUGCGACAUUUCAGCUGCAGGUAUAAACUAAUGACAGACAACAGACUAACUAUAUAGCCAAUUCAAAACAUAACUUGUAGCAGUUAUCUCGCUAGUUGACUAUAGCUAACUAAGCAUUAAUGUCGUUGUCGCCCUUCCACCGGUACUGUAGAUAGCCUAAAUAAAUCUGCACCGUUGGAAAACUGAGAUCCCCCUCUACUAAACAGUAGCCAUGUAAUUGCAACAAUGUUAAAAAUAUUCUAAGAAUAGCCUGAUUGACAAAUAACUUGCUGUGCAUAGAUCUCCUCUGAAACAUGAAUAUUUUAGCCUUAUAUAAACAUUUCUAGUUAGAUACCUUGCUUUGAAGUAGCCUACCUUAUCAAUUUGAUCCCUAAUUCAUUGAUUGAGGAAAUAAUUGUAUAAAAACAAAAGUAUUUGGUUGUAAUGUUACAAUAUUUUAUAUCAAGGGUGGCAACCAUCCUCCAGGAUAGCUACUGGGUGUGCAGGCUUUUGUUCAAGCCCUGGUCUAACCACAUUGUAGGCUAAACAUCAGCUGCUCAACAGGACCUUGAUUAGCAGACUUGGCUGUUUCAGGGCUGGAUCAAAAGCCUUCACACCCAGGAUCUCUCCAGAUUGACAACAUGUGACUAACAGUGCAGUUCUACUUUGUGGGGGGUUAAGUGCCUUGAUCAAAGGCACAACAGCAGGGGAUGGUAGGCCUACAUGGGAUCAGAUACAGCAGCCUUCCAGUGUCAAUAAUGCUUACUUAUUCAUGUAGGCUAUAAUAAUAGUCAUGGAAAUUUGGUUAAAAGUCAUGAAGAAGUCAUGGAAAAUGUGUAUAAACCCUUAACAGAGUUCUCUAUAGCAUAAUGUCAUUUGUGAAUUUCGGUGAACUAGUCCAAUGGACCGACUUGUCAAGCACUGGCUAAACAGCAUUAUAACAUAUGCUAGUCUGAGAGUAUUGCUGCACGUUUCAAAGGCUAAUCUUGUUUCUGUUUAUUCCGCCCCCCUUUGAACUGCAAUGAGGCAUAACCCUGAAGGCAGCGUAUGUUCUCCCUGCUAAGGCCUUCUAAAUGACCAGGCCUCCUCCGGGACUGCUGGAGCAGGGCUCAUUAACGCUUAGUUGGUAGAGGAUGGCGCUUGCAAUGCCAUGGUUGUAGGUUCGAUUCCCACAGGGGAGCAGUAAGAAAAAGUAAAAAAAAAUGCAUGCCCUCACUACUGUAAGUCGCUCUGGAUAAGAGCAUCUGCUAAAUGACAAAAAAAAUUACAAAUGUAAAUGAAGGAACCCUUUAAGAAGGUAGUUGACGCAGAGUUCAGUGCACAGCGGCCAGUGAGGAUCCAAGGACACAACACCUGCACAUCCGAGUGCAUCCGGACCCCUGCUUCGCCAUUGACUCCAAAAUGGAGGACGGAAGAGGUCUAGUCGUGGCAGGGGCAGCACCUCGGUAGAAGAAGACAUGCUGUUUGGAUAAUUUCCUGUUUUUAUCAUUUCCCCCGUGUCCUCUGACAGUGAUCGUUUUGACAGGGGGAACAUUUUUAGAUGCAGCGGUGCAGAGUGAGUGGGUGGUGGUUACUGAUGAAGCAGAGAGUAGUUUAGUCAUAUGGAAACAAGUCGUCAACUCGGCUCACUCACAGCUUGAUGCGGACGAGAGUUUGGCGCUCCACUGCAAGUUGUUUUAUUUAUUGUUUUUCCCGUAAUUAUUCCAGGAUGAUUCGCCCUCUCGCUGAGUACACUGCGACACGGUGUAACGUAUUAUUGGAAGUGAUGCGCCUCAGAGUGCAGGAAGACCGGAGAGAGCAUGAAUAAAAGAGGGGAGCGAGUGAGUAAAGGGAUGAAUCAGUGGGUCAUGGUUGGGGGGUUUAGUAGUUCCGUCAGACGUGAUGGAGCACAGGGAGGCGAAGGGUGGAGGCAGCCUUGGCCCGAGGGCAGGGGAGCCAGUGAGAGCACAGUGGGGGGCGAUGGAGGGCGAGAGGUAGCUUUCUUCUGUUCUUUAACCUCCCUUUUUACCUCCUGACCACCUCUUCCCACUCAUGAUGACUACUUUGGGUCAGCAUCAUUUGGCACAAACAGGAGAAAAGGUUUUGAAAUUGUAAACAACAACGAAUGGUCUUUUGCGACAGGUAUGGGCAUUGCUGUCCACAGUACUUCCUCUAUUUCAAAAGGUUUUCCGUCAUUUGUGUGUCAUUUUACCGACAUGUGUGGCCAUAUUUGGUUGGACAGCACCUGGGCCACAUUUACUAAGCAUUUUGCAACCAGUUUGAAGUUUGCACCUGACAAUGGAAAGAGGGAACACAGUAGACCAAAAGGUAAAAUAAAGAUUCUACAAAACAAAAUUCUACAAAACAACCUUUCUGAUUAUUUUAGAUUUCGAGGAAGGAGCGAUCAACUCAGCACACAUUCCUCAUUGUGUUAGCAAAAACAUGGGAGAGGGCUACAUGACAUCAAUAUCAAACCAAGAAACUAAAGCCUUGUUCAAACUGCAGGCCUUAAUGCUCAAAACAGUUUUUUUUUUCAAAUCCGUUUUGGAAUACUGACUGUUCAAACAGCAAGUUACAAGGGACCAAAUCGGAUCUACUAAGGAUGGUUGUCACCGUUGAUCUACUAAGCAAACAUAUGGAAUUGUUUUAAGAUUGUCAUACCAAGGAUCAUUUAGCUAUUUGAUUUGGAAUUUUAGGACCCCUUUAGGUAUAAAACAAUAUAUUUAAAAAAAUAUUUGAUGAAUUUGGCCUUACUGCUAUUAGCCCAUAGAAACGCACUGAAUAACAGUUUCAUACAUGGAAAAACAUAUCGUCAAAAACUGUUCGGACGCUACAGACGUUUUUGGGAUGUCUCAUGGUCUGACAAACAUGCAAAAAAACAGAUGGAUUUUGAUGGGGAUUUUUUAUUAUUAAAUUAAUUAGAUUUCAAUACACGAUUUCUGUGAAAGUCAGAGGUAUGUGUGCUAUGCUUAAGCAUCUCAAGUUAGGAUCUGUCCCAAAAUUCACAUAACAGCUAGACAUAGACGUAAUACUGCUGCUGAACAUGGCACAUUCUGUGUAAAGCUCAGCAUGCUUGUUGUACUUCAUGGAAUGUUCAGGUCUUUUGUUCACAGCUUAACCGAAAGCACUGCACUGUAACAGUGUAUCAAUAUCGAGCCUAAUGCAAUAAGGUAACACAAUUGGGGCAAAUAGCUAUGGUAACAGGUCUAAUUGAAUCUGUGUCAGUUUCUCAGUGCAGGGCCAUCCACUAGAUGCAGGUUUGAAAUCAAUAUGCUCUGCUUGCGUCGAUGGCACAGGCUAAUUUCAUUGCAUUUCUCUAGUAUCAUUAGUGCUCCGGCUAACCCCUGUGUGUGUGUGGGGGGGGGAGCAUGUAAAAUGGUUACUGCAUCGUGUGUGUGUGUGUGUGUGUGUGUAUGUAUGUAAGUAAUGGUUAGUUUACUGCGUGUGUGUGAUAUGUUAACCGUACCGUAUGAGUCACUCUGGGUCUGCAUCAGUCCGGGGGUUUGGAGGCUCAGGGUUUUCAGUGUGGGUGGUAGGGGGGGGCAUGAGGGACACAGGGGUCACUUUACCUCCACCAUAUACAUGCCAGGGCUGCUUCAGCUCACUGGUACACCCGCACUAGGUGGAGGAGGGGGCGGCUGAAACGUCCGGGGGAGAGAAAGGGUAGGAAUGUUUAUUUGUGCAUUAACUGGCUAAAUCGAAUCCAUAUCUCAGGUACAAACAAUGCAAUUACACAACAUACAGAAUUGAGACUACCUUUAGAAGAAUGUGAAAACAAAACUAAAACCAAUCAAUGGAAAUAAAAAGCUAAUCUCAAUGCCUAUUUAUGUUUUGUUUUGUUCCUCUCGCAGGGAUAUGGCACAAACAGGCAUUUUUCAUUCCAGUCUUUUGGUUAAUGAGUUCACAAAUGAGAACAUAGGUGAGAGAGGAAUUGUUCUUCCAAUUAACAAACAAUUAUGUGUGCGUUGCCUCGGGCCGUCCCGGGAGGAUGUGCAGGGGCAGAGGUCUAAUGCGUGACAAACAACAUGACAAUAGGAGGUGAGACUGCAGACUGCAAUUGCUUUCCAAUGAAAUUAGUUCUAACCAGCUGCUUAGUCAUGUGAGCAUAAGGCACGUUGCCAGAUAACGACUCAAACAACUGGACCUCAGGUAGAAUAUAGGACAGUCUAGUUGGGACUUUGGUUAUUUAGUUAUGUUAAACAUUUUAUUUCAAAAAAUAUUUUUCAAUCUGGCAACCAAAAGGUCUGGCCUGUGUCCUUGCCUUACCCAGGUUUGAGUUGGGUAGUGGUGGGGUUGGGUGUCCAGCCCUGGUUCCAGUCACUACAGCACAGCAGUAGGUUCUUACUCUGCAGAGCUGCAAACGGGAUUGCCUUCUGGCCCCCCUGGAGAAAUAUAACCACACAACAUUAGAUCAUUCCUUUUUUAAACCCAGUUGCAUUAUACAUUAGCCUGGUUCCAGGUCUGUUUGUGCGGUCUCAUCACGAUUGACCAAAGUAGUUGGCACAAACGGAUAUGGGACCAAGCUAAUUACACACAUGAUAACAAUAUAUUUUAAUGUCACCCUGUUCUAGAACUAUGUUCUGAUAGGAGUGUGUAACGGGGGGGUCAAAGGUCAUACCUGGACCUCGAUGAACUCCAGUGCCGGGAGGUCAGGCAGCUCCUCCAAUUGUUUGGCUUUGUUCCCGCCCACAAGGUUAGGGGUCUAAAACAUAUGGAUUAUUCAACUACUGCACUUUAUACGCAUCCUUCUUCCCUCCUAUCCUUGACAAAGUGACUGAUAUAACCCAAUGGGCUAGGUAUAAGCAACAAUUCCAUUAUAUGGCUUUCCCGAACCCCGCGGUGUAAGAAGGUGAUCACUUCAGGUAAAGGAGGAAGGAAGGACAUAUUUUAAAAGUAUUCCAACAGGGCUGCUAACUUAUGCCACAUAAUUUUUGGCAAAUAUGAUCAUUCUCUCCCUGCACAUCAUGAGACUGUGGACUCUUAAUGUCCUUUUACUGCAGUGGGCUAAAUCAGGGUCACACAGAGUGUUUCUUGGUAGUCUUAAACAAAUUCUUGGUAGUCUUAAAAGUCAAAAGUAUACAGCUAACACACAUGAUUAUGGGCUUAAAAAAAAUAAGACACCUGUACCAGGUCAGAUAAGAGUUGCAAUAUUUUAAAUGUUGAGUUUACAUCCCAGCAUUACACUUUAUAUACAUCACAGAAGACUAAAAUAUAGCAAAACCGUUUCGACAAAGAAACACCGUAAUUUCGGCUUUAAAAAACAAAAAAAGGUUAUUAAUUAUGAAAUGAUGAAAAAUAUAAAUAACAUCCCACCAAUGAGGACACUAGAGGGCAAUUCAGUCAUUUGACUGCAGGAGAGGGCUACCACUAUCAACUCUCCAAAAUGCAUCAGGACAAGACGAUCUCGAUCAAUGCGAAAAUCAAACAGGUCUAAAGCUGAAAACGCCUCCAAAUGUUUUAUUUUAUGCCAAUGGCAACAGCUAGUCUUACUGGGGUCCGUCACAUAGCGAAACACAGUACAGUGUCCAUAAGGGGUGGAUGAUGCUCUCUCUCCCUCUUCCAUCCCCACAUAACACAGACCUGACGGACCACUGGAAUUAAUCUCUUUCCCGUUUCAGCAGAACGACUUUAACUGCCUCCCCCCCCCCCCCCCUUGCUGUCUUUCUCUCUCCCCCUCUCUCUCUCCCCCUCCCUCUCUCUCUCCCCCUCCCUCCCUGUGGGUGGGGAGGGAGUGUGGCAGUAAUUCACUUAGGGAGGAGCUCGAGAGCUAAAGCUGGAGCGGGGCCCGCUGCUACUAACGCUGGGGCUGCUCUGCCUGAGCCUCCUCUACUCUGAUAAGGGCUGUUGUGUGGCGGAGGAGGAGAGAAUGCUAUAGUUAGUGAGAGAGAGAGAGAGAGAGAGAGAGAGAGAGAGAGAGAUAGAGAGAGAGAGAGAGAAAGAGAGACAGACAGACAGACAGACAGACAGACAGACAGACAGACAGACAGACAGACAGACAGAGUUGUCUGUGUGUGUGUGUGUGUGUCAGUGUGUCAGUGUGUGUGCGUCCAUAUGUAUUCGUAUGUGCUUGAGAGAGAGACGAGUUGUUCUGUACCGCGUGUAUGUGGGAAGGGGAGCUCUUAGGCUGGGGGUGGAUGGUGGUGUGCUGGGGAGUGGUGCUGGUGGUGGCUUCGGGGCAAGGCUCCAGGGUGGGCUCUUCGUCCUCUAUUUCCAUCCCCUCGUCGAACACGCCUUCGCCCAGACAGAAGCUCACGAGGUUGAACUGGCCACACAACUGAGAGGAGGGGUAGGAUGAAGAGAAGGUUAUGAGAGAUUGCAUUGGAUCAUUGAAUGGGAAACGUUUGUGUCUGUAUGACUAUAGUGUGUGUAUCUGUAUGACUAUAGUGUGUGUGUGCUAGCAUGUGUGUGCGCUAACAUGUGUAAUCUGUGAAUGUAGUGUGUGUGUGUAGUGUGUGUGUGACCGACUGCUGCGCUGACGGCGGGGGCGCAGCUGAGUCCGUGGCCCUGGGCCUGCAGGGUGCUGUGGAUGUACACGUCCUCCUGGGUGUGCCUGUCGCACAGGAAGAGCUGCAGGAAGCUGGCGUGGUAGCUGUGCAGGUCCACCACCAGGGUGCGCUCACAGCACAGCUUCUGGAAGGAGGUCUUGGCAUUGGCACUCCAGCUGCCCUGGGAGGAGGGAGAGAACACAAAGGGGGUGGGUUAAAGCUGUUCUUAGACCAGUCUGUAUGUUUCAAAGUCACAGGAGGAGUGCUGAUAUAGGAUUAGUUUUAGAUUAUAUGGAUGGCAAAGGGAUGGGUUGUGAUCUGAUCCUAGAUCAGUACUAAUACACUACUCUAUAUGAAUGAAUGAAUGAAUGAAUGAAUGAAUGAAUGAAUGAAUGAAUGAAUGAAUGAAUACGGGCCCAGGGAUGGGAAUAUCAGUCAUGGAAGAUUGUGUAAACGGUAUCAUAUUAGGUUUUACACCGAAAGGCUUGAUUCCAUACAGCGAUGAGGCAACUGCUUGUGCCGGGAGCUCUGAGUAACACGACCUGAGAGGGAGAGACUAAACUCCUUCUGUUACCACCUUGCAUAGAGCAACACAUCAACACAUGGUGAGACCAGGGAUACAAACAUUCACUUCCAAUAAAAGGACUACAUUUUACGGCUGUUGAUUAGUCUGGGCAAGAGUAAGGAAGAGAUUGGCAACAUCCCAAGUGACACCCUAUUCACUUUUAAGUGCACUGGAUGUCCGGUCUUCUCAGAUCAAAACAAGUGUUUUUUUAUUCCCUAUAUAGUGCACUUCUUAUUCCUUAUAUAGUGCACUUCUUUUGAGCAGAGCCCUGCUCAAAAGUAGUGGACUAUAUAGGGAAUAGGGUGCCAUUUGGUCACAGUCAGGGCCCUACUUGAGGAACUUGAGGCUGUUCCUCUGGACAGUGGUGAGGUAUCCAAUGUCCACAUAGUAGACCUCAGCCAGGGUGUCGCUGAGGACCCAAUGGACGACAACGUGGUAGAACCAGAUGCCCUGGGACACCACGCGGCAAACCUGGCAGGGUCGCACGUAGCGCUCGGGCAGACGGUAGCGCUCCAUCACCUCCGGACAGGUGUAGCAGCUCCUGGAAGGAAGGAAGGAUGGAUAGAGAGGGAGGGAGGGAGGGAAAAGAUAAAGAAAGUGAGGGAAGGAGGGUUAGAGAGGAAGGGAGAAAAUGGGAGGGAGGGAGGGAAAAGAUAAAGAAAGUGAGGGAAGGAGGGUUAGAGAGGAAGGGAGAAAAUGGAAGGGAGGGAGGGAGGGUAGGAUAGGAAACAUAGGAUCUCAAUAGCAUUCAGUAGCUUCCUCCCCUUGUCUCCUGUCCUUCAUCUGCACUGAUCUGAAAACACUUAGUUGAGAGCAAUAUGGUGGACGCCAAAUACAUAUGACCAGUUAUGGCACAUUCAUACAGAAUAAGGCAAUUGGACUACAUGUCUAUGACUACAAAUCUGACCCACUGAGGCAGGGAAGCCUCAUGUUCCUCUCCCUAACCCUCCAGUCUAGCAGAGGGCUGUUGUAGUUGUUAUUGUUGUUGCUGUUCACCUCAUCUUGAUCAUCAUGUUCUACAGGGCGUGGGGCUCCUGGCUCUUGGGGGCCCCUGGGCGUGGGGGCCCUCAGUCUCUUGCCUCGCCUGGCGUCCGGGGGCACCACCGCCCCGCGUCGUAAAUGUCAUUGGAGGGCUUUGCACCCAAUCAAAAACAAGAUCAAGGGGGAAACUAUUUAUAUGUGGCUGAACACACAUCACAGGGGUAAAGGCAGCAUCACACACACCUUGGUGACACACUUCUGAAACAGUUGUCUGUUCUGGGUGGGCUCAGGCUCAGACUGGUUUGUGUAUUCCAUUGGCUGUGAGCCCUGGUCCCUCUCUGGGCCGUAAGGGCCUGCAGCCUCAGGGAGUGAUGCCACAUCAUUCUGAGUACUGUACACUGUGGUGUUUUUUUUUACCGGGAUUAAACAGACAGAGCAAUACAGAAAAUAAUUUCUGUCACGACAAGGGAGAGAUAACUAGUUUGAUUAUAAUGCAUCUAUGAUGAAGGGACUACUCCAACUCUACCAUUCAAUACUACACUCGUCAUUUUACUGAAAAUAGCGUGAAGAAAUCGUAAACAAAAACACUUCAGAAGUAGCCGCAAAGUGUUCGCCGCAGGUGUGUUUGACGGGUAUGUGCUUUGCAGGAUGCAUUGAAUGGAUAUAUGCAAUGCGCAGUGUGCCUGAGUAGAAAUUCAAUCAAUUCAAUUCUACAAUCUGCCAACCAACCAACCAACCAACCUGAGAGUUUGUCUGUCUGUUUUUCUGUUUGUCUGUCAUCUGCCUUACUCCUGGAACCGUUUGGAAUGUCUGCUUCGGUGAGAAGAGUUGCUUUUUUGGUCUGGUCCUCAUCAGUGGCGCCACCUCCCCCCCCCCUGAGGGGCAGCAGGGAGCCCGUCCGGCUCUGUGUGACCGCCACCAGGUCGGCGUCCGCCAGCAGCAUCCCGGCGAUGGAGUAGAAGCCAUAGUUAGUGACACGUAAAGGGAAGCCAUAGUGGCGGGCGAAGGCAGUCUCCAGCUCCGACAGGCCCACGGCCCCCUGGGAGAGCAGCUGGCGGAGCUGGGCGCGGAGUUGGGCCGGCAGUGCCGGGGGAGCGUGGCCGUGCUGGGGCAGGACCAUGGGGUUGUGUUCCUGGUAGCAUUGGGAGAAGAAGCCCACGCCACCACGCCAAGCUGGGGCCUUGUUGGCGCUGCGCUGUCUGGCAACCAACUCCACGAUGCCUCUGGUGGUGUCGUCCGCCACUGCUGCAGAAUGGGUAAAGAGAGAUAGGUUUGUGUGCUGAGUUUGGAAUGGAAAGGAGUGGAAUUGACAUCUGUGUUGUACAACGAUAUCUGUGCUCAGCUUCUCGGACUCCUCAUAGUGCAUACUAUACUCAAAGAAGAACCAAAAAUGUUAACUCCAUAAACAUGAAAACAAAAGCAUGAUAUGUGCCAAAACACUAUAACUUCAUAAGCCAAAGGUGGGACUAGUGCUCAGUAUUACUUACUUUUCAACACCAAGCUGCCAUCUUCCAGGUAGUCAAUGUACACCACGUCAGGCAUCUCCCGGAUCAUGUCCAGCAUGUUGCGGAAGCCGAGGGUCCUCAGGAGCAUGGGGUGGCCCAGCAUGUUGACGUAGUCCCGCCUCAGCUGAUCUGGGGGUCAGGCCCUGCUUGGCUGAGAUGAGCAGGGAGCGCACAUAAUUAUUUAGGCCUGAGAGCAGCUGCUCCUGGGUCAUUCUGUCAACUGUCAGACAGCGAGAGGGGGAGGGAGAGAGAGAGAGGUGAGGGUAUGAGAGUAUAUAAGUGGGGAGGGGGGUGUUGGGUGUUGGAAUACAAUACUGUGAAUGUUGCUUGAAUGUUUGAAUAUUUAAGUAAAUGUCUAUCACAUAUAAAACAAGCCAAUGCAUUUUCUCAAUAAUGACACUUUGAAAUGUGCAAAGAAUCCUCCCCCAUUGUCCGUCAUUGGACCCAGAGCCAUCUAAAUAUAUUGCUUGAAUUGUACCUAAUUAGGCCUACAACAGGUGCAAUUUGACUUUGAGUUUGAUAAUGCAUCUAAACAACACUACAGGAGAAGUAUUUUUCUCCGCUCAUACAGGAGUAAUAAAGGCCUAGUUCACAAAUAUUGUGGACAUUUUUUAUUGAAAAAAAUAUAUAUUAUAAUUUGUUUCAUUUCGAUUUAAACAGGGGGUGCUGCAGCAGCCUCAGCAGCCCUACUUCCCAAGGCUAUGGUUGUUAGCAUUCCAUUCCACUUAGAUCUGAUCCAGGGUGUUAGUGCAUGUUCCUCCGCUACUGCGGUUAGUAGAGGAACGCAAUCGAAUGCGCUGGACCAGAGCAGAGAGGAAGUGGCGAAGCGAGAGAGACAACUGGGCCACCAGCAGGUGGCAGUGUUUCGUUUCUUUCGCCCACCAAGCAAGGUGUUUUUGUAUGGAGGUCAAUGAGAGUGUCGAAUUUGCUAUUUGAGGUUUAUUUGAUCGAAUAUAAGUUUCAAAAUGCUUAGGUUGUUAUGAGUGCACUGAUAUAAGUAGGGCAAUUGACACCCGGCAACUUUGACAAAAAAACACUUUAUAUCGGAGUUGUCUCAAGAUGGCUAUGCAUAUUCAUGACAUGUGGCUAGUCGCAGCAUAUUCAAAACAGUAUUAAAAUAACGAGAUGUAUCCACCAAUUCAAAAAGAGUAAUAGGUGAGAGCUUAAUAGCCCGCCGUUCCGCUCUGUAGACAACAAAUCCCAUUGUUAGGGUGGUAUCUCAUCAUUAUAUCCAAAUCUCUGACAGGAGCUAGCUACAUUCGUCUGAGGCUAAGCUAGUCAGACAAAAUCAUUGCACAAGCCAUACAGCUGUAAAGAUAGCUAGCUACUUAGCUACCUAUUUAUUUAGUCUCCAACAUCCAUUUGGCUUGUUCACAUCCAGUUACUAGUCUUAAAACAUGUUUUGUUCCAAAACUAUGCAAUAUAAAGAAAAAUGUAAUGGCUUUUACACACUUCAGUCAGACACAUUUUCUGGAAUCAGCCACAUGCACGUGCAAGUAUGUAUACCAAAUACAGACAGAAUACGUACAGUACCAGUCAAAAGUUUGGACACACCUACUCAUUCAAGGGAUUUUAUUUAUUUGUACUAUUUUCUACAUUAUGGUUUGGGAUGAGUCGGACGGCAGAGUGAAGGAAAAGCAGCCAACAAGUGCUCAGCAUAUGUGGGAACUCCUUCAAGACUGUUGGAAAAGCAUUCCAGGUGAAGCUGGUUGAGAGAAUGCCAAGAGUGUGCAAAGCUGACAUCAAGGCAAAGGGUGGCUAUUUGAAGAAUCUGAAAUAUAAAAUAUAUUUUGAUUUGUUUAACACUUUUUUGGUUACUACAUGAUUCCAUAUGUGUUAUAUCAUAGUUUUGAUGUCUUCACUAUUAUUCUACAAUGUAAAAAAUAGUUAAAAUAAAGAAAAACCCUUGACUGGUACUGUAUCUUUCUCAGUGAAUUGAUUAUAAACUAGGUGGUUCGAGCCCUGAAUGCUGAUUAGCUGAAAGCCGUGGUAUAUCAGAUCAUAUACCACGGGUAUGACAAAACAUAGAUUUUUACUGUUCUAAUUAUACCACACCCCCUCGUGCCUUAUUGCUUAAUGGACCUUCUUCUGGCCAGGGCAGUGAUCCAGUGAAGUUACUGGAAGUGGUCAAACGUUAUUACACACAAUUAGAACAAUUGAUACGAAAAUGUAUUCAAUUAUUUUAAUGCAAUAAUUAAUACAAACCCAUAAAAUGGUGUGAGAUUCCUUAAAUUCUUUAGCAAUAAUAAUAAAUAGUAGGCCUGUUUAAUAAUUAAUAAAACAUCUGAAAUGCAGACUAUACAGUCAUUUUUAUAAUUAAAUCUAAUAAUGUCUAAUCAACUGAAAUACUUUGUUUCUAGCAGGCCUAGCCAGGCCUUAUGAGAAUAACUACAGCAAGGAAAAUGUAGGUCAAAUGCUUAAUUUACAGUCUAAUUAAAUUGUGUCUGGGAGGAUGUGUUUCUUUCCUGUACCAAAAAAAUAUGGGGAAACUGACAUCAGCUUUUUGGAAAAGAGACAAACAUCUGAGUCUGCACAUUCCCAACAGUGACUCCCCAAGCACACAGAUCUACAAGGUUGCCCUAUUUCCAAUGACAAUCCUCACAUAUUAAUCUCACAUUACUGGCUAUGAUGUCAACAGGACGGAAACGACAACUUAUAUUCCAAACGCCUUUCCAAAAGUUUGUCAAUUUUUCAAUCUAUGUCAUGUUAAUAGGGUUGCAAGUUAUAAGCCUACCCUGUGUGUGUGUGUGUGUGGUGUGUGUGUGUGUGUGUGUGUGCGUGUGCGUGUGUGUGUUUGUGCGUGUGUGCGUGUGCCAGGAGGUAGGGAGGAAGGAUAAACAGCAAAAGACAACAAGUAUUGCCAACUAGCAGCCCUGGUCAUAGGCUUGUCAUAGGUGAUUGCGGCUGAGGAAGAGACGGCAGUUGAAACCAAGACAGCCUCCCAAACAGCAAACCAACCAGCCCUAGCUUUGGAUUGGAUGCUUCUUCUCAUCACAGACAUUCCAAGAGGGAUGGAGAAACGUCCGGAGUCAGCUUCCCCUCGUCGCGCUCCGCGAGCAGGGAGGAUGGCCAAGAGAGAACAUUCUGGUUCCCCUACUUCCAGGGGCCGCCGUCACAAGGGCACCAAGACAGUGAGGCUCCCCGAAGAACAUGAGAAGAAAGAGGGACCAAAAAAGGAGACCAAGGGAGAGACAGAUAAAGAGGUAGACAGGCCAGUCAAGUCCACUUCCACUGUUGUGGACGUGGAUAAUGUGAGAGAGGAAGAGAGGGGAGAGGAGUUCAUUGCGCUACUAGAGAGUGAGUGGCAGGAGGAAGGUAAGACAAUAUUUGGACCCCUAUUCACAAAGCAUUGUAGAGUAGGAAUACGGGUCUAGGAUCAGUUUGACCUUUGCAGUCAUAAUGAAUAAGGGGGGGGGGGGGGUCUCCUACUCUGAGACACUUUUGAAUAUGGGCCCUGGUCUUUGAUUAUAAAUGAUGAUAUCUUUGAAAAGGACAUUAGCUUACUGUGAGUGUGAACCGUGGUAUUUGUCAUCACCAGGCGUGAAGCCGAGGAGUCUUGGAGUGUGUGAGUGGCUACUCAUGGUGUUGGCUCUAACCCUGGUCAUCCUCUUCUUUCCCGUUUCCAUCUGGUUCUGUGUGAAGGUAAGGAUUUUCCACCUCCCUUACAUAGACAACACAAUAAACAGUAUAACACAAAACGAAAGGGGAUACCUAGUCAGUUGCACAACUGAAUGUGUCUUCAGCAUUUAACCCAACCCCUCUGAAUCAGAGAGGUGAAGGGGGCUGCCUUAAUCUACGUCCACGUCAUCAGCGCCCGGGGAGCAGUUGUUGUUGGGGGUUAACUACCUUGCUCAAGGGCAGAACGGCUUGGGGAUUCGAUCCAGUGACAUUUCGUUUACAGGACAAACUCUCUUGACUGCUAGGCUACCUGCUGCCCAUGUGUGACAUAGUAUAACAACUUGAUGAUGACUGUGUCAAAAUGUUUCAGGCAAUAUUCCAGAGUUGGACAGCACUCACCACAUGGUAGAUUUCUAUAAUGUACAAUAAAGGCACAUCAUUGAAAUGUAGUAUUUGGUGAAUGACUACAAGGAUUCAGCACCCCACUUUUUGGAAGAAAAAUAUCAACUUUGGAGUGUCUGGAAUAAUAAUGACUGGAACGGAGCUAAUGGAAUGGCAUCAAACACAUGGAAACCAUGUGUUUGAUGUAUUUGAUACCAUUCCACUGAUUCCGCUCCAAGCCCAUCCUCCCCAAUUAAGGUGCCACCAACCUUCUGUGAUUUCAUUGACUGACACAGUUGGCUGUCUUUCUCUGUGUCAUUCAAUUAUGGCAAAGUCUUGAUUGACAGAAAGCCACUGUGUUGAUUGACAGGUUGUGAGGGAGCAUGAGAGAGCUGUGAUUUUCAGAUUGGGUCACCUACUGCGAGGGAGACCCAGGGGACCAGGUUUGUGCUUGUUAUUAUAUUAUCUGAUGACUCAUUCAAUGAGUCAUUCAUAGCUUUCUAAGAAUAAUUGGAUUUCCUUAGGGAUACACAUAGGGGGCUACUCAUAAAAUGGUAUGACAUAGGAAAAUGUAACGUCUGAUACGUUUUCUUCAAACAUGAAAUAAUUGUCUUAGGCUAGGUAUGAGACAUGCAUCAAACCAAUCUCGGUGAAUUUCUCAAAUGGCUUUGAAAAGGCUAUUGGUAACAUUUUACACAGCACAAGUCUUGUGAACCACCCCUAUAGUCCAUAUACUUAUCAAACUGUGCAUGUACAUUACACAGUAUGUAAAAAUAUCCUCCAAUCUCUCUCUACUGCAUGUCCUUUCGGGACCAAGGCCUACUUUUCUACCUCCCACUACUCGAUGUUUGCCAGAAAGUGGACAUCCGUCUAAAAAUGCUCAAGGUCCCACCUCACACAGUACGGUAACUCCUCUGACAGCAUACAGAGAAACUAAAUCUACAUCAAAUAUUCAAAAAUAUUUCCUCUGAGCAUGACUCUUUAACUGCUGUGAUGUGUGUGUUUCUUCCUGUGUGUGUGUUUCUUCCUCUGUGUGUCCAGGUGGUGACCAAGGAUCUGGUGAGCACGGAGCUGAGCGCGGUGUGUUACUACCGUAUAGAGAAUGUGGCUCUGUGCAGCACGGCCCUGUCGGGUGUGAGUGCCGUGCUGCAGGCCUUGGUACAGGUGGCAGACAGAGACGUUCUUGCCCACCACAACUUCACCCACAUCCUGCUGGACAGGAAGAGGAUCGCCCAGGAGAUCCAGGUACCUAACCUACUGUACACUCUUUGUAUGGGUCUGUAUAUUGACCAGACCUGGGUUCAAAUACUAUUUGAAAUUGCUAGAGUGUCAGAUGGGUAGGGUUUACAGUUUCUGGACUAUCCAAUUGGUAAAUUAAGUCAGGCAAGCUCAAUCAAGCACAGAUGAACUAUUUGAAAUGAUUUCCAAUAGUAUUUGAACCCAGGUGUGAUAUUGACAUUCGAUAUUGACAAUGGUUAUUCGUGGAAUUUGGUAUUGAGCAGUGUAAAAUCACACGGAUUGUCCAGGAAUUUUAGUGAGUGAAUGGGUGGUGACGUGGUGUGCUUUCUCAACACUAUCUCCAGGUGGCUAUCGAUUCUGUAGCUUGCCAGUGGGGGAUCAAGGUGGAGAGAGCAGAAAUGUAAGACUAUCAUCGAUGACUGAUUACCUACAGGCAUUUGUACCAUUUUCAAAACAAGACGACGAAGCGAGUUCCCAUUUUGGCUGGUGGUGUCGUAAACAAAUGUUAAUAGAACACGGUACAUGUUGGAAUUGUCAACUUGUGUCUUCACUAAUGACUUGGUUGUGCUCUUUUCACCAUGUUCAUUUCAGAGAGGAUCUUUCUCUCCCCAUCGAGCUGCAGCAUAGCCUAGCGGCAGAGGCUGAGGCAAAGAGACAAGCCCAAAUCAAAGUAUGUAAUCCGUCUUUUUUGUGUGUAUGUGUACAAUGGGAAAGGGGGAUACCUAGUCAGUUGUACAACUGAAUGAAUUCAACUGAAAUGUGUCUUCCGCAUUUAACCCAUUCCAGCCUACACACACACGUAUGUGUGUGCACAUGCGUUGGCAUGAACGCAUGUCAGAAGGGAGGUAGGAUAAACAGCAAAAGCGAAACAACAAGCAUUGCCAACUUGCAGCCCUUGACCUCUAACCCUAUGUUCCCCUCCUCCCUGUCCUGUAGGUGAUUGCAGCAGAGGGAGAGAGAGCAGCCUGUGAGGCUCUGAAGGCAUCUCUGGACUCCCUCUCUGGUUCCCCUGCCGCCAUCCACCUCCGUCUCCUCCAGCUGCUACACACCCUCCGCACCGAACGCCCAGCACUGGUCCUCACCCUCCCCUCUGACCUCCUCACCUUGCCCCGUGACCCCUCACCCUUAACCUUACCCACCCCAGCUCCAAACCUGGCUCCAGCCAAUCCCAUCCCAAAAGGAGGAGAAACCAAAGAGGAGCGGAAGACAGACUCGCCGAUGAUGUAGGAAACAAAGGGAAGCAUAUAAAUGUGGGUGCAUCUCAAUAGUCUAAAGUGGCUGCACUGGUUUUGCCACUCCAGUUCUUUCAUAUCAGUGCUGAUGAAGUGAAGGAAGCAAAGAGAGGACGCCACUUAAGAUUAUUGAUAUGCACCCCUCAUAUCAGAUUGAAGAAGUGUGAAAAUCUUGUUCUAUGAUUGUUUUGUUUUUUCCUCCUCUGUAAAGAAAUAUAAAUCAGUAUAGAGAUUUGUGUUUUUAUUGUAUGAUUUAUACAAUAUGCUGAUGACACACUCCACCUAAAUCAGACAGUGUAAUAUGAGGGUAAAUACGGUCCAUAAUAAAUAAAUAAUAGGAUAAUAAUAUUAUUUUUGAAAAGGAACCAUACAGCAUCAACAUGAUUGGAGGGAAGCAUAUUUCACACCAUACAGUAACCUUGUAGGACAUGACUGCUUAACAAAUAGCAUGCAUUCCAGAACAACAACAAAAAGACAAAUGAUUAAAUACUGUUGAAUGCCCAGACAUACCAUACUUAGACUCUGCUUUCAUUCAUUUGUCAAAUACAAAGUGGUCGGGAUCCUCAGGGGAGCCGAGUUCCAAUUACCUCUAAAACCACUGUACUGUUUUCAAUCUUCAGCGUUUCUUGGGCUUGUGGUGUUUGGGGCUAGGCUCAGGCUUCUGACUCACUGUUUUGGUUUCAUGGGUGGACACCUUUGACUUGAGAGCCGAUGCCACAGACCUCUUGCUCACUGCAAUGCAAAUUGUAUAGAUGAGUGUCCAAAUCCCAUAUCCAACAGUGUUGACCUACAGAUGUAGGAUUUGAGGCUUAAAAAGGCUUCUGAAGUUUGUAAUUUCCACUUUGAAAUUCAAGACAUUUCCCAUGUGUCAAAUGUAUCAACCCCUACAAACUAAAGUAAUUAUAAUCCACAUAAUAAUUCACAUUUCCUGUUGCUGCAGGAUUAUUUGCCUGCUGUAGCGAACUGGCUCAAAUUAAGAUCCUACAUAUGUAUCACAGAGGUGUCUCGGUAUUGACCUACCUUUGGCCUCCAGGCUGGGCCUGCCCUGUCUCUCCAGAUCCGGGAUCUUCUCCAGCGCUGCCUGGAGGGCCUCCUCUGCCUUUAGGUCCCACUCCUCUACAUUCUGGGCCCGGGCCUCAACCCUACUGACACACACACACUUCAAUGAAGUAUACAGUUGUGUACAUUACAGUUGCUAAGUGAAGCACUUUACUAAGUGAAGCACUUUACAAGAGACAACCAAAUGUGUUUGUGUUUUCAAUGUAAUACUCCAGUAAUAAUCCUUAGAUGGGAGAUACACAGUGCUGAGAGAGUGUGACCCCUCAUUAAAGACCAAUAACUUACAGUAACUAGUGCUGCAGAAUCUCCACUGUAGCCAGGGCAUCAAAGGCUCAAUGUUUUCACAAUGAAACAAGGAACACAGGACCCCAUCCAGCUGAAUAGUAUCCUCCCCCAGGGUUUCUCAAUGAUGUUACCAUCAUGGCCUAUCAGCUUCAUAAUAGAGCCGGCUAGUGAGCACUCCAUGGCCUCUUCUGGGUCCUCUGCCUCCACCUGCUGGUUAAAAACAGGUAUUGCAGAAUAAUUCCAAAACUGCAGUCGAUGAGGCACAACUUACACUACAUGACCAAAAGUAUGUGGACACCUGCUCGUUGAACAUCUCAUUCCAAAAUCAUGGGCAUUAAUAUGGAGUUAGUUCCCCCUUUGCUGCUAUAACAGCCUCCACUCUUCAGGAAAGGCUUUCCACUAGAUGUUGGAACACUGCUGCGGGGACUUGCUUCCAUUCAGCCACAAGAGCAUUAGUGAGUUCGGGCACUGAUGUUGGGCGAUUAGGCCUGGCUCGCAGUCGGCGUUCCAAUUCAUCCCAAAGGUGUUCGAUGGGGUUGAGGUCAGGGCUCUGUGCAGGCCAGUCAAGUUCUUCCACAUCAAUCUCGACAAACCAUUUCUGUAUGGACCUCGCUUUGUGCACGGGGGUAUUGUCAUGCUGAAACAGGAAAAGGCCUUCCCCAAACUGUUGCCACAAAGUUGGAAGCACAGAAUUGUCUAGAAUGUCAUUGUAGGCUGUAACGUUAAGAUUUCCCUUCACUGGAACUAAGGGGCCUAGCCCGAACCAUGAAAAACAGCCCCAGACCAUUAUUCCUCCUCCACCAAACUUUACAGUUGGCACUAUGCAUUGGGGCAGAUAGCGUUCUACUGGCAUCUGCCAAACUCAGACUGCCAGAUGGUGAAGCGUGAUUCAUCACGCAUUUCCACUGCUCCAGAGUCCAAUGGCGGCGAGCUUUACACCACUCCAGCCGACGCUUGGCAUUGCACAUGGUGAUCUUAGGCUUGUUUGCGGCUGCUCGGCCAUGUAAACCCAUUUCAUCAAGCUCCCGACAAACAGUUAUUGUGCUGACAUUGCUUCCAAAGGCAGUUUGGAACUCAGUAUUGAGUGUUGCAACCGAGGACAGAUGAUUUUUACACGCUACACGCUUCAGCACUCGCAGUCCCGUUCUGUGAGCUUGUGUGGCCUACCACUUUGCGGCUGAGCCAUUGUUGCUCCCUGACGUUUCCACUUCACAAUAACUGCACUUACAGUUGACUGGGGCAGCUCUAGCAGAAAUUUGACAAACUGACUUGUUGGAAAGGUGGCAUCCUAUGACGGUGCCACCUUGAAAGUCACUGAGCUCUUCAGUAAGGCCAUUCUACUGCCAAUGUAUGUCUAUGGAUAUUGCAUGGCUGUGUGCUCGAUUCUAUACACCUGUCAGCAACGGGUGUGGCUGAAAUAGACGAAUCCACUCAUUUGAAGGGGUGUCCACAUACUUUUGUAUAUAUAGUGUACUUCCGGCUCUGGACAUUAGUGAAGGGUGAGGUUACCCCUAGAAUUUGACUCAGUUUAGCAUUUCCCAAUGAAUGGUUAAGGUUAGGAUUAGAGGAGGAGAAGCUGAUCCUAGAUCUGCAUCUAGGGGAAAUCUCAUCACAGAGCUGGAAGAUACAAGUGCCUAGCAUGAAUAAUAAUAAUAAUAAUUACUAUAAUCAUCAUCAUCAUCAUCAUCAUCAUUAAUAUUAAUAAUCAUUAUUAUUAUCAUUAUUUGUUGAGCAACUCUCAGAUACUGGAAUAGAAUAUGGCCAGUUUUGUUCCAUAAAUUAAAGUCUUUUUUAGUAGUCUUUUUUCAUGUAGAUUGGUCACCAUGUGACCUCUGUUAAUUGAUCAUUUUGCUCCUCCUCCUCCUCCUACUCCUCCUCCUCCUCCUCCUCUUCAUCAAAAGCCUCCAGUGGAUACACUGCAGGUAGGUUCAUCUAAUGACAUCAUUAUACUUUAUAUCACAUCAACCAAAAACCUGUGAUGCUUAAAAUGUUAAAAUGACACCCCACUGGGCGCAAGCUGGUUGAAUCCACGUCAUUUCAACAAAAUAAUUAUAGUAUAUAUUUUUUCCUCCUGAUCAUGUUGAAUGAACUUGGAAAACUGUUUGGAUUUGAACAUUUGAACAUAAUUCCAAUGUCAUGGUUAAAAAAAAUUGAUUUUACUUUAGAAUAUACAUCAGUGCCCAGUGGGAUGGUAUUUCCAUUUUGGGUGGCUAACUGCAAGGUAGAGAGGGACCACAGUAAAAUGAUUAUCAGAGGCUCACUAGAGAUUAUAUGCUGGGCAAUGGGGGAUGCAGUUCAGUGUGAUGCGCAGCUCCACGGGACUGCCCUUCACGUCAGACAGCAGGAUCUGACAGGACUCCAUCCAAUCGCCACACUCCCUCUGUGUAGCAUAAACACACACACACACACACACACACACACACACACACACACACACAGCUUAGCAUUCACAUCCUUGAGUGCAAAACACUUAUAAUGGUAGGACCCCUGUUAGCAUGCUCUACAUAGAAAGUCUGGAUGAGGGUUGCUAAUGCUAAGUCAGUACCUGCGGCUUGUUGAGAUCAAAGAACUGAUUCUCUGUGUCAUCCUGAGCCAUGGUCCUCUGAAUCUCCUCCUCCACAAUGGCCUGUCAAAGCUGCACAGAGGGGGAAAACACAUUCAGCUUGGACGAUAUAGUACUAAAUAUGAAAAGUGGGACAGAUUCGUCCCAAUGACAGCAGCCCAAGUAGACAUUUUAAAGCAGAAAGGCUCUAUGUUGCCUGUGGUGUAACUCACCACUUCAUCCCCCAUCUACCACCAAAAUGUACAUGUAGCAACACAGUUGAGUGAUGGGGUUCGAUCCCACGCAGGCGGGGGGGGCGGGGCAUAUGUGCUGGAGGCGGAGACCUUAUAGACCAACUCCAGGAACUGGUUCAGUAGCUUUACAUGGUGAUAUAUUUGGAGAAGUUGUUCAGUUUCUGGGAGAGGUUCUUGGCGUCCUUCUCUAGUUGCUCCAGGGAAACCUCCAUGAUGACGGUGGUGUUGGGUCCCGGUAGGAGGGCUUGCUCCUGGUCGUCACAGUGGUCCGGGACCAUCUGGAGGAGCAGGUCCACCAUCCAGCGAGUCAGAGCCGUUUGGAUGGAGUUCACCUAGAAACACAGGGCAUAGACAUUAUGUAAGGGAGAUAGGAUGUGUCCCAAAUGGUACUCUAUUCCCUUUAUAGUGCACUACUUUUGACCAGGGCCCAAUCUUUCGUUGAUUCAUCCCUCCUGUAGAAUUCAUUGCUUUAUCUUGAUGACCUUCUAAUAAAUCCUUUGUGUGUUUAUAAAGUAUUAGCUUCCUCGGAGAUAUGAAUUUGUCUUGUCGUUCAAGAACUGAAUUGCCUUCAGAUAGAAUUAUACGAUAAAUUGUAUUUAUCCCUUGUUGCUAAAUUAUAGCUCCUUGUUGACUAAAAACAAACAAGUGGUGCCCCUUUUAAUUUAACUAGACAUCAUCAUAGCAUAUUACACCAUUCUUCUACACAUCUAUAGAAUCAAACGUACCCUCAUCCCAAUAGCAUAGAUAAAGAAUAGCAUAGGUAAAGAAAGUGCUAUCCAGGGACAGCUCUGUAAGUCUCUAGUAUCUCCUCACAUAGCCUGCGGUUCUCACAGUCAAAGAAGUUGGCUUGGGUCAAGAUGAACUCCCGGAGAGUGUUGAAGACAUCAUCCUAGAAUCUCGAUCCUGGAAUGGACACACAUUUUUUACAAAAAAAGCUUAGCCACAAUAAACUCAGAUUUGGGCCAAAACUUUUUGGGAAUUUGCACUGGCACAAGCGCUCGUCUUCUCUUUUAAUUAAAAAAAUGACUGGCACCAAAUCGAACAACAGUGUAAUUAUGAUGUCAAAUUUUUUGUCACAACAGAUCAUUUGACCAAGGCCCUGGUCAAAAGCCUACAAAGGCGGGCCAAGAGAAUUCACUGGACGUGCGGUUUGUGCUUGACCCUCUCGUUCUCAGGCUGGGUGCUGUGGACGUACAGCAGGCUCUCCAUCGCCAGCAUUAUCCAGCUACCCAGGGCCUUCUCCAGCUUCAGGCAAUCACAGUGGGGCAGCCCCUCGGUGUGGCCAACCAGGGCCUUCAGUCGGGUGGCCCAGAAUUCCAUGACCCCGACCAGGCACAUCAGUUGCUUGUGGAUUCCUGAAAGGGCGACAGAGAACCGUUGGCAAGGGAUAAAUGCAGGUAUGAGGUAUGAGACAGGCAGGAGUGCUUAUCAGGGUUCUUCAGAUUAGUUGAAGCAGGGGUGUUCGUGCUGGGAUGAAACAAAACCCUGCAAGCCCAGUAUGUAGCACUCCAGAAUCCUACCUUAGUGCUACAGUUUCCUGUAUAUAGUUCCACUGUAUAUUCCCUCCAAACUAUGUCUGUCUCUCUCACCGCCAUAGAAAUAGAAUCUAUAGAACAGGCAUCCCCAUUCAAGUCAACUUUUCUGUGGCGAUGGGCCAUUCCGUUCAAAUGCUCACCGCUCUCGCCAUUAAUGCACCUGCCCAGCUGCUUGUGGAGCUCCGACACGGUCCAGCCCAGGUCCCCUCAUCGCCUCCUGGCCCCCUGGGUGUUUCCUGAAGAGCUAAAGGCCAACCUCCACCCAGGCAUCCUGCAACUGGCCUAG